AUGUGGACUGAUCUCAUGACGGGAACUAAAACUUUUAUUUUGCUUUGGUUUGUCCUGGCAAGUUUAUGGCACUCGACUGGUAAGUCUGUCCAACUUUUCCCUGUCCAGUUAACAAUUGGUUUUCCUAAAAUGGAUUUCCUCUUAGAGCUGUUACUUGACUGAUAAAAACUUUUUUUGUUUGAGGCAAGCCUACCCAGACGUGCAAUUUUAUUAUGUCUAUUUUGUUUCAGAAAUUUGUCUCUAUUGUGAGGCAUUUCAUGUCUACUUGUUUUUAAUGUUUGAUUUUAUCUAUAUUUUCUUAAGUGUAUUUCACAUUGUUUUAUGGAAACUGCUUAGGGUUUUUUGUUGAUUUCACAGGGUAUAACUCUUGUUAGAGUAACGCGGGUGGCGCUGUGGUCUAAACCACUGAGCCUAGGGCUUGCCGAUUGGAAGGUCGGCGGUUCGAAUCCCCAUGACGGGGUGAGCUCCUGUUGCUGGGUCCCUGCUCCUGCCCACCUAGCAGUUUGAAAGCACAUUAAAGUGCAAGUAGAUAAAUAGGUACCGCUCUGGAGGAAAGGUAAACAGUGUUUCCAUGUGUUGCUCUGGUUUCGCCAGUAGUGGCUUAGUCAUGGUGGCCACAUGACUCAGAAAAACUGACUGUGGACAAACGCCGGCUCCCUCGGCCAGUAAAGCGAGAUGAGCGCCAGAACCCCAGAGUCGUUCACGACAACUUAACUGUCAGGGGUCUUUUAGCUUUACCUUUUUACUAACUCUUGUUAGGAUGGUAUUGUGAGUCUUGUGGUUCCAUGUAGACUUUGCUGCAGACUAGAUCCAAACAGUGAUCUUGUUUUUGGUGCUUUCUCAAACAGACAAUGUGGCCAAGUCUUCCAUUUUCUUGGUCAUUAACAGGUGCCCAUAGCUAUCAAAUGAUUUCCAUUCCACUGGAAUAUAAGAUGUGCACUUAAGAGUCAUGGCUUCCCCCAAAGAAUCCUGGGAAAUGGAGCAUGUCAGGUAUGCCAAAAGUUGUAAGGAGAUCAUUAACAAAGUACAGUUCCCAGAAUUCUUGGGAAGUCAUGAUUCUAACCCCAUGAGAAAAGCUUACAACAUUUUGGGCUUUUCAGUUUAGAGAGGAAUGGCAAGUUAGAAGUGACAUGAUAGAAGUCUUUAAAAUUAUGCAUGGUGAAGAGAGAGCCAAUAGAUAAGUUUUACUCCCUCUUUCAUCAUAUGAGAAUCUAUGUGAUAUCCAGUGAAGCAGAAUGCUGGAAGGCUCAGCAGAGGCAAAAGAAAGGACUUCUUCACAUGGCAUAAUAUAGUUAAGCUAUGGCAUUGACUCCCACAAUUGGCAAUGAUGGUCACCAACAGCCUAGGCCAGUUCAUGGAGGAGAAGGCUAUGUUCUAGAAUGCUUCUGAAAACCAGCUGCUGGAAACCACAGGAGGAGAUGGUGCCAUGUCCCAUGGACAUCUGGUUAGUCACUGUGAGAACAGGAUGCUGAACCACAUGGAUCACCAAACUAAUCCAGCAGCCCUAUGGGAUGCGGGUGGUGCUGUGGGUUAAACUACAGAGCCUAGGACUUGCCGAUCAGAAGGUCGGCGGUUCGAAUCCCCGCGACGGGGUGAGCUCCUGUUCGGUCCCUGCUCCUGCCAACCUAGCAGUUCGAAAGCUCGUCAAAGUGCAAGUAGAUAAAUAGGUACCACUCCGGCGGGAAGGUAAACGGCGUUUCUGUGCGCUGCUCUGGUUCGCCAGAAGCGGCUUAGUCAUGCUGCCCACAUGACCUAGAAGCUGUACACCGGCUCCCUCGGCUAGUAAAGUGAGAUGAGCGCCGCAACCCCAGAGUCGGCCAUGACUGGACCUAAUGGUCAGGGGUCCUUUUACCUUUACUAUAGUAGCAUAAAAGUAGUUUAAAUGUAUGGUGAGCUUAGUUAAGCCAUUCAUAUAUUUUCUCUUCUUUUUUAAAAAAAGUAUUUAGUUUUUCAGAUUUUAAAAAUGUACAGUUAUCACACAACCAACAUAAAAAGAGAAUUCCAAAGAAUCUCCUGGACUUCCCCCUUUGUGGGUCCUUAUAUUAACCUUUUCCUACUGCAGCUUGUCUAUUAAUCCAAAUCUUUUAAAUCUCUAUCAUACCCAAAAUUCAACAUUAGACUACAAGUGUCAUUCCAAUCCUACUAAUAAUUUUAAUUGUUUACAAUGUUUUGUAAGGUAAAUUAUAUAUUUUCCCCAUUCCUUAUUAAAAUUUUGGUCUUCCUGAUUUCUUAUUCUAUUUUUGCCAAUUCGGCAUAGUCCAUCAACUUAAUCUGCCAUUCUUCUGUGGUAGGGACAAUGUCUUCUUUCCAUCUGUGGGCUGGUAACAUCCGAGCAGCAGUGGUCGCAUACAUAAAUAGUAUUUUCUGAUCCAUUGGAAUUUUGGCACCUAGAAUUCCUUCGGGUUUUUAAGAAAAGGUUAUUUUGAACAUAUUUUUCAGUUCAUUAUAUGUCAUCUCCCAGAAUUCUUGUACUACCUUACAUGUCCACCACAUAUGAUAAAAGUUGCCUUCUUUUUCCUUACAUUUCCAGCAUGUAUUUGACCUGGUUUUGUACAUUUUAGCUAGUUUACUAGGACUUAAAUACCAACGAUACAUCAUUUUCUUUCAAUGUAUAACAUGCUGUAAACUUCAAAUCCCAGUUCCAUAGCUUCUCCCAUGGUUAUCAUACAUAUCUUUGAACCAGAGGGGGCUGUUACAGAGUCCUGCCAGGUAUGGCCACCAUGAAGACACAUUGCCAGUUCACCACAUACGAAAAUUUGAGCAUCUUCCAACAUGCUGACACCCUAAUCGGCCCUGAUUUUUCAUGAAAAACCAUCUCUGCUUCCAAUAACUUCAUUUCCUUCAUGUGUGGUUUACUCUCAGGCGCCCAAAAGAAUAUCCACUGGGAAAUUCAGCGUUAUGACGGCUGGUACAACAACCUCAUGUACCACAGGCACAACUCAGCAGGUGAGAGCAUCCCUGAGGUUUUCAGGCCUCCAAUGCUUUUGCAAAUGCCAUUUCUGAUGCCAAGCAUUGGGUCCAUGUGUACGGGGAAUAUUGGCAAAUUCUGCAAAAUGGUAUUAUGCUGGUUCACACGUCUUUCUGCAGACGAAUGGAAAAUCAGGCAGGCGAUCGGCAUUCUCUUUUUCAUUCCUCCUCACAGUCCUAAAUUCACACUUUCCCCCCUCCACCGGCACCACGCUUAUUGAUGACGUUUCCACCACACUCCUGUUGAAAUAAAUGGUGUGGAAUAGCCGCACGUCAAUAACAGAAUUAAUCAUAUCAUUAAAUUUGGCUACAGCAAACAGCGAGUCAAACAGCGUUGUUUUGGGUGGACUGGAAACAGCCAUGCAUGCAAUGGGUUGAAGUGGGAUAUAUAAGAGCCCAGGCAAUCCCUGAGUUAGGGUUCACAAUGCUGCCUUAAAGAGCAGGGAAGUUGUGUUCCUCCACCUUGUGCAUUUCACAACUUUUUUCCUCCCAGCUGUUUACAGCAGCACAUAUGUGCAUCAGAGCUUGGGGAGCCUGCUUCCACAGCAGGCUCACCACUGCAUCCAAGCAUGUCUUAAAGGAGCAGAAUCCCAGUCUCAGUUGUGGCUUCACUUUCACAAAGGGUCCAGCCGUCCAUCUCCUUCCUUGUUUCUCAGGACAUACUUUGCACAGCACCUAAGACACACCCUAGGGACUCGGGUGGCGCUGUGGGUUAAACCACAGAGCAGAGCCUAAGGCUUGCCGAUCAGAAGGUCGGUGGUUCAAAUCCCCACGACGGGGUGAGCUCCCGUUGCUCAGUCCCAGCUCCUGCCAACCUAGCAGUUCAAAAGCACAUCAAAGUGCAAGUAGAUAAAUAGGUACCGCUCCAGCGGGAAGGUAAAUGGCGUUUCCAUGCGCUGCUCUGGUUCGCCAGAAGCGGCUUAGUCAUGCUGGCCACAUGACCUCAAUAGGGUGUGUUGAAUUUUUCAGCUUUUAGCUUCCAAAAAUGGCGGGUGCUAAAAGGGUCUAACAUCACUUGGGGAAUUCAAAAUAUAUUUUGGUCAAAUUAAUAUAAUUUAGUUAUGCUUGGUAAGUAAAAUGUCUGGAAAUUCCAUAGAAAUACUUAGAAAUGCUUUGCCCCAAGUACUUGCAGUUAUAUUAUAAUUAUUUAUUAUUAUUAAUAUUAUUUAGCAUUACUGACGUUUUCAGAAGGUAAAAUUUAAAUUCUUCAGUUUUCCGAAAGCAGUGUAUGAGCUUCUUCAUCUAACGUAGACUUACCAAGCUAAAUGUUCUCCAGUCACAAAGAUAACUGCAGAUUCCUCACCCUCAGAGACAUAUUUUUAAGACCCCUUCACUGAAGAAAUUUGCAAAAAUUAAGUCUUGCCCGUGGCUGGCUACCUCAAGCUGACAUGCUGAUUUAUCACCACUAGGAUCGUGGUUGUCGCGGCUCCUUCCUGCGAGCUAUGCGGACGGCGUGUACCAGGCCCCCCAGGAACCAAAUGUCCCCAGUGCACGAAGACUCAGCCAUGUGGUGGCACGAGGGGACUCUGGAUCACCCUCUCAGAAGAACAGAACUGUGCUGGGCGUCGUCUUUGGUAAGCUGAGAACUCUUGAGUGAUGGCCUCCAUCAGCAUCCAUGCCACUGGGCUGCGUCUGAGGGAGGGGUGAGGCAGGAAGGCUCCCUCCAUGUGUCCAAUGACCAUUUGGCUCCUCCCUGAUAUCACAGAAUCCUAGAAUUGUACAGUUGGAAGGGACUCUUCCAAUUGAGUGCAACUCGCCCUACAAUGGCCUUGGUCCUGUAUACCUGAAGGAGCGUCUCCACCACCAUCAUUCAGAGGUCCAGCUCCAAGGGCCUUCUGGUGGUUCCCUCCCUGCGAGAAGUGAGGUUACAGGGAACCAGGCAGAGGGCCUUUUCGGUAGUGGCACCCGACCUGUGAAACGCCCUCCCAUCAGAUGUCAAGGAAAUAAACAACUAUCCUACUUUUUAAAGACAUCUGAAGGCAGCCCUGUUUAGGGAAGUUUUUAACGUUUAAUGCUGUAUUGUGUUUUUAAUAUUCGAUUGGGAGCAGCCCAGAGUGGCUGGGGAAAUGCAACUAGUUGGGCGGGGUAUAAAUAGUAAAUUAUUAUUAUAUAAUGCAGGAAUACAUCUGUCCGAUAUGGGGAUCAAACCUGCAAAGCUAACCCUAACCCCACCCAGUUUUGCUGCUUGCAUGACCAUUGAUGUAGAGGCUUCCAAGAGUGGGUUCCUGAGUUUGUGCGUGUCUUCUUUCUUCCUCCUCCUCUUGUGCCAUGUUUCUUAAGAUUCUAAACAGCAAUCAUAAAGCUCAAACUGCCGGGAUGGUAUAAGAUGCAGUAAAUAAACGUUUUGGCCCCUUCAGCAAAUCUCCAGCAAAAGUCUUAAGAAGGAUUUGGCAUCAUUAUAGGGAACAGGACUGAUUUAUCUGGUUUGGCCCCUCUCCAACAUAGAGCACCUUUCAAUCAUGGAAAAAACAAAAUGGGUUCCUGAUUUCACAACUGCCCCCAAAUUCCGUCACCACCUCCAGCAGUGUCUGCUCCAGACAUUUACCAACCUUAUGCCCUCCAGAUGUUUUGGACUAUAACUCCCAUCAGCCCCAUGCAGCAUAGUGGCUGGAGCUGAUGGGAUAUGUAGUUCAAGGCACCUGGAAGGCAUCUAGUUGGGAAAGGCUGGCCUACUCUGCUUUUCACGACACUGACAUCUUGGAGAAACGAGGCGCUUGAUAUAGUCAAGGCACACUUUCUACCACAAAUCAGGCCUCAAAUCGAUGCCUGUAACUAAUGGAGUAAUGUGCCUAAUUCUUUCAAUUACGGGAUUUGGGGAGGUUCUGGUCACAGAAUUAUAGUAUUGGGGGUGAGGGAUUUGCCAAGGUUUCCAGGCCUUGUGACAGCAACACAGAGACUGUAAUUCAAACCACAGUGUGCCCCUUUUUCUCUUCCUCUGGCUCAAACCCUUAGAUCAUAGGAUUACCUCCAAGAGGAUUACUAGGCUCUUGCAUGACUGGUUUUAUGUCUUAUUUUAGCAAUGGUCACAUUUGCCCCUCCUUGCGGAUUUCUGCUCCAAACCUCAGAAUUAUUUGGUCACUUAAACCUACUUCCCCCUGGGUUAGCUUUUGCCAGUGUGAUCCGGGCAUGUUUGGGAGCCUGGAUGUUGCUAGGCAUUUCUGCUGAAGGCUGAGUAAUGCUUGGAGCUUAAUCCCUUGGAAUAUGUUCAAACAAGACUGCGGAUUUCUCAGAAGCCAUGAUGAGAGAGUAGGACGAAGAGGAAAUGGGUUCUUUGGCACUUCUGAGCCCCUUAGCGGUUCAGGGGGGUGGGAACCCAGGAGAAAGCAUUCUUUCCGGCAAACCCCUAAGUUGUAGAAUUCCAUCUCCUCAGAGUGGUGUUGUUACCUUCCUUUUAUGUAGUUCCUGUCAUGCGCUGAAGAGAAACACCUAUUUAUCUGGGCUUUUGACAUUUCUGACAUAUAUAUCCUAGGACCCACCCUAUUCUUUUGACUAAUUUGUUUUAAACCAAUUUUAAUAUUGUAUUUUUAAAUUGCUGUCACUUCACUUAUUGUGAAAGGUGGAUAAGAAACCUAGUUUGUAAUAACAACAUUAGUCAUAAUUAAUAAUAAUUUAACAUGUUCUUACCACAUUUGAACACAUUUCUUAUAAGCAUCUCUUUUGUGUGGACACCUCUUUGGACAGUUGGAUAGGUUAUAUUGAUAUUAAACAUCCCUAGGUUGUUGUUUUCUUUUACUUUCUUCCAUUUUCCUUUGUCAAAUUUGUUAUAUUAUUAUUAUUAUUAUUAUUGUAGUGGUAGUAGUCGUUGUUGCUGCCGCCGCCAGUUAUUUCCUUCAUAAUUGGCACUGGCUGAGAGCUCUUUCCAGGGUUUGUAGUACUUUCUGUCUGCUCCCAUUUGGGGGAAAUUGCCAAGCCUUAAAAACUGGGCUUAAAAGAGACUCAAAAAGUUUAUGCACACAUUAUUGAUCCACAGAAUAGUAUCCCUUGUUACUUAUUGGAUAGUCUAUGGAAUCAUUGUCUGAGGAGAUGAGAUUUCUCAGGAGGCAAUGAGAUAUGAUGGCAUGUGGCUGGAUUACACACUGUGAGCAGGGCUGGCUCAAGACUUUUUGCUGCCUGAGGCAAGAAGGACAGGAUGAUGAUGAUGAUUUUAUUAUUAUUUAUACCUCACACAUCUGGCUGGAUUUCCCCAGCCACUCUGGGUGGUUACAUAAAAAAUUGUAAAACAUUAGACAUUAAAAUUUUCCCAAUACAGGGUUGACUCCAGGUGACUUCUAGAAGUCAGAUAGUUGUUUAUUUCCUUGACAUCUGAUGGGAGGGUGUUCCACAGGGCGGGCACCACUACCAAGAAGGCCCUCUGCCUGGUUCCCUUUAACCUCACUUCUUGCAGGGAGGGAACCACCAGAAGGCCCUCAGAACUGGACCUCACUGUCCAGGCUGAAUGAUGGGGGUGGAGAUGCUCCUUCAGAUAUACAGGACCAAGGCAGUUUAGGGCUUUAAAGGUCAGUACCAACACUUUGAAUUGUGCUUGGAAACGUACUGGGAACCAAUGUAGGUCUUUCAGGAACAUGCUUUCUAUCCAAAUAUGCAUUCUAAAAUAUAUUUUGAUACUUUUUUGAGGUUAGUAGGGGAGAACUACAUUGGCACAUUUGGGGAACAGCACACUCCGGUGCAGCUUACUCUGAGAGGUGCAGAUCAGGUCAGCAAGUGUUGAAACUGGCAAAUAUUGACGCUUCUCUAGAUGCAACACUCUGAAGAGAAGUUGCAGCAGGCUUUUCGUGGAGUGUGGUUUCAGGCCCUGUGAGUUCACGGAAUUGAAUUUCGUAGGUGUCAUGGUUCACUAGAUGUCAUGUUUCAUCCACCCUCUGCUAGUUCUGUCCCUUUUGGUGUCUGCCAGGUUUCCAUGUGCUCUCGGAGAUUCUGGAAGCCGACAAGCCCGGCUGCCCUGCCGAGUUCCUAAACAUACAGAUCCCUGAAGGAGAUCCUGUGUUUGACCCUGCUGGCUCAGGUGAUGUUGUCCUGCCAUUCCAGCGAAUGCAGUGGGCUCCAGGUACAGGAAAAAGCCCCAACAGGCCCCGGGAGCAGGUAAAACCCAGCUGGCUGCAAAUCAGUGUAUAUCCCUUUGCACGUGUUUGCACAGUACAUUUUGCAGGGGAAAAGGGCAAAUAUAGGGCGUGUAUCAGAGGAUUCAUGUAGUGGCAGCAUUGCUGGGAAAGCAGUCAGAUUCAGUCGCUAAGGGUGGUGUCUAGAUGCAGAAUGGAAUGCUCUGCAAUGGUUUGCUCAGUUUUCUGCCCGGGACGUUUUAAAAAUAAAACAGUAUGCCUUUGAAAAGGGAAAUGUACUAAAAUGAAUAAACAGAAUGGGCAAAUUAGGGGAUGGGUUUAAUAUGUCCUUUUUUGCAGAGAGCAGUCCUCUGUUUGAAAGGCUAUCAGCAGUGCUAGUGAGGAAGGAUGGGGGAGAAAUUAAGUUUAGUCCACAUUCAAAGGUGAACCUGCCUUCCUUUCCUAAACUACGUGAGAACCGAAAUUCCAGCCAUCCUUCAAAAUUUGCCCUCAUCCAAAUUUUGCAGCUCCCCAGCUAAAUAAUGUGUUCAGAAAUGUCUGUAUGGGGGCGAUGGUUGGUUGGCAACCAUCUGUCUUGAGAGACAAUGAAGUGCACCUCCAGGGAGUAAAGUCAAACCGCUGUGUUAGCAGCACCGAAUGACUUCCCCGAGGCACAAGCCUGAGCAGUGUGUAUGGAGAUUCUGCGCUGCCCAGACGCAACCCCACCUGCUCUAGGCCUCACUGAUGUAGUUCAAAGGAAAGCAGAGACACAUUGGGGGGGGGUAAAGUGUGAAUAAAAACCCAUAUGAUAACACCAUGCACAAAUGCAUUAUAUCAGGGUAAAUUGCUCUCCAAAAAUGUGUAUGUCAGGCAAAAUUGCAUGCAAACGGUUGCAUUAGGAGAAAUUCACUCUAAAUUGCUGGUGUGUGUUCACAAGGACCGACGCAAAUUGAUAUGGAAAUUUGGAGUACUGAACGUAAGAAUGGAUAAAUGCCGGGAUGGAACCAGGGAUCUUAUGCAUGCAAAGCGGAUGUUCACCACUGAGCUGUGACCUUUUCCCCGUUUGCUUGAAUUAGCUUAUUUAAAAUUUUAUUAAGCAGUCCAUCCAAAAAAAUUUUUUUUUAAAAAAGGUUGCAUUUGAGGAUCUUUCAUCCCCUUUUGACUCCAUUGACUCAUUGCCUAUGGAAUAACCUGGCAGUAUAUCUAUAGUACAGUCAUUCUGGCAAGGGUAUGAUAAGCUAACUCUUCUGUCCGUUCACCACCCUGCACAAAGCUGCUUUCUUCAGUGCCUCUGCGGUAGAGAAUACUUGAUGGCCCCCUGGCCAAAGAUUUAGAAGGAACUAACCCACCUGCUCCCGCCCUCUCCCUCCCCUCUUUCACCAGCUAAAUGGGGUGACAGGAUGGCUCGAUGGGAGUGCCAUCUAUGGCUCAUCCCAUUCCUGGAGUGAUUCUCUGAGAAGUUUCUCACGAGGGAAGCUGCUCUCUGGAGAAGAUGGUUUCCCAAGGCAGACGAAGGCAAACAGCUUAAUGUGGAAGGCUCUGGAUCCGUCCACAGGACAAAGUGGACCACAGGGACUCUAUGGUAAGGAAGGUUGCCUCUUUGGGACUGGUAGGGUGAAAGGCCAGGAGGACAACAGUAGGGGGCGCCAGAGGCAAUGAGAGCAGAUGGAGGUUGGUGGUCCAGAGCCCCGUUUGCUCUAAUGAGUAAUUUUGGAUACAGUCUGAAGUUGAGAGCCUGUGAGAAAACAGAAAUAGGGAGGGGAGAGGGUUCAUCUCUUCAGGCCCUCAGCCACAGUUUUCUGCACAGAAUAAAAGAAAGUUCUGGCACCUCUCAGGUGGGAGCAAUUGCCAUUAUAAGAGAACAAGGAAGGCGUUCAUGGAGAGUUCUGGCACCUCUUUUCUAGAACAAUAGCACUUAUUAUAUUAUUAUUUGUACCCUGCCCAUCUGACUAGUUUGCCUCAGCCACUCUGGGCGGCUUCCAGCAUAUAUAAAAACAUAAUAAAACAUUAAACAUUAAACACCUCCCUAUAAGGGUUCCAGAAUGUCAGUAGCAAAGAGCCCCAGUGCACAGACAGGUAGAAAAUGUUGCACAGCUCUUAGGGUCCUGUAUCUUUUAAAUGGGCAUUGGCGAAUCACUAGUUUGAAAGUGCCAGCAUGGCAAAUUCUGAAGGUCAAAAUGGCACAUCAUCUGCAAAGGCAAAUGUAUAUACCGUAAGUGAUGUCUGAUAGCACAUUUGCUUGUUUUUUUAGAAACCAGUUUGAGAAGGGUCAAUUAAUAGCAUACUAGUGGCAAGAGAGGGGCUUGUUCUUUCCUCCUCCAAGUCCUCCCCUUCCCCCAUUUGAAAUAUACGUCUGUGACAACAAAUGAUAUAUGAUAUAAACCAUUUGAAAGAAGGCUGGGUCAUAAAAUGUCCGUGUCUGAUGUUUGUUUGACAUCAUUCCUAUAUUUACUAUGAGAUGGUACGCUCCUCUCAUGAGGUCAUACCAGCAAAUCUGUACCUGUUCUUAGGAUCUGGAAGCUUAGAAUUGGCUUUUUUCUCUCUCUACCCCCCACCCAAUCCCUUCUUCUAGACUUUGGAAAUGCCAAAGGUAAUGCAGACCUGUUCCUGCAAGCAAUGGGCAUUGUCUGGUUCCGCUACCACAACGUCCUGGCAGCAAAGCUUACCCAACAGCACCCUGAUUGGUCUGAUGAAGAUGUGUUUCAGCACGUGCGCAAGCGGGUUAUUGCCACUUACCAGGUGAGCGAGGCAUGGAAGAAAGACUGUGUGUGGCCGGGGAGCGGGGGGGAGGCAUCCAGCAAACCUCUCUGGGCACAUAAACCCCUAGACUGUGUUUUGUUUCCUCGUUGUCUCUAAGCAAGGGACCAUAGCUCAGUGGCACAGCAUGUGUUUAAUAAUAAUAAUAAUAAUAAAUUUUUAUUUAUACCCUGCCCUUCCCGGUUCAAAAACCGGGCUCAGGGUGGCUAACAACAAAUUUAAAAUUGUAAAAGCAGCAUAAAAUACAGUAUAAAAACAUGAAUAACAAUAAAAUUCAAAAAUAAAAAAUCAAUUAGAUAAUCCCCAGGGCUAGCUGGCUGAAUUGGUCCUACGUGGGCCAGCGAGGAGGCCAGGGGAGAAUUAGCUGUGGGGUCUCAGAGUGGGUAAUCUUCAUAAAAGGGGAGGGGGAGGGAAGGGAAGGGAAGGGAAAUAAAAGAUCAGACUGAAUUCAAAUUGAAGGCCAGGCGGAAUAGCUCUGUCUUACAGGCCCGGCAAAAGGAGGUUAAAUCCUGAAGGGCCCUAGUCUCAUGGGACAGAGCAUUCCACCAGGUCGGAGCCAACACUGAAAAGGCCCUGGCCCUGGUGGAGGAUAGUCUGACUUCCUUAGGGCCCGGUACCUCUCAACUAUGGUUAUUCAUGGACCUUAAGGUCCUCUGCGGGGCAGACCAGGAGAGGCGGUCCCGUAAAUACGAGGGCCCUAAGCCACAUGUUUGAUAUGCUGGAGAUCCCAGGUUUGAUUCCUGGCAUCUCCAGAUAACACAAUCAGGUUCCAGGUGAUGGACAAUACUUUCUCUUCCUAAGACCCUAGAGAAGAGGUGGAUAGUCUUUUUUUCAGCCUGGGGGCUGCAUUUCUUUCAGGGGCUACAUGGCAGUUGUGGGUAAAGGCUGGAGCCAAAAGCAGGUAGAGCAAUGCAUGCAGAUUUUACCUGUAUACAGUAAGCAAAUUUCUACACACCUUGAGCCAGACAAGCAAAGGCAUUCUCAGAGUUUAAAGACACAUUCCAGCCAGGCAAAAACACUCAAGUAGGGUGUGAAGCAAGGGCAGUGUGGGGUAUGGUCUGUGGGUAAGAGGGUGUGGCUUGUGAGGUGGGUGUGGCCUGGGGAGAGUCCCAAGGGCCAGGUAGAGGCCUGGAGGGUUGCAUUUUGUCCUGAGCUUUUCCAACCCUGCCCUAGAGAGAGAAGCCAAUUACGGUAGACAAAACUAGGCUCAGCAGAGAACUAGAAAAAAUUGGCGUAUGGCAGCUUCCUAAGUAGAGAGAUGUUGUGGGAAAUGGUAUAAUAUAAGAGCUUAACAUGGCAGCCUCCCGAUCUCUAAGGAAAAUACAAAAAUGCAGGUAGUUGUAUUGGUCCAUUUUAUAAUAUAUGGACCAUCAGCUGCUAGUCAUAGAAUUGGAAGCUCGUCUCAGUCUCUGACAUAAUUCAUGCUCAUAUGUCAAAAGCAAUAGCAAAACUUGAAAGCCUUGUUUUCACCUCAUUCAUUUGGCCAGAGCAAAGAGGGCCUCUCCAUUACUUUGAUGCUCUGGCAGAUGAAAAAAUGACUCCAGGUUUGGGGGGGGGGGGAGAAACAAAACUCUUAGAGCUGAGAUCCCAUACAUUUUCCUCACUCAACACCUCUGCCUAUUAAGCUUUAUGGAAGAGUCCACACAUCUCCAAGUUCCUGUUUUUUCUAAAGAAAGAAUGAUGCCAGACUAUUGGUACAGCUAACUCAGUUUUGUUCACCCUGAACCCUACCUGGAGGUGCCUGGAAUUGAACCCGAUACCUUCUGCAUGCAAAGCCUGACCCUUCCCGAAGAUCUAGGACCCAUAUACCAGGAAAGAUCUCUGCCUGUUAUUGGAAGCCUAUUUUAGCAUCAAGUGAUCUAAAUAAAUAAGGCUUGAACAGACCAGGGCUGGGUAGAUACUGUAUUUUUCCGUGUAUAAGAUGUAUAAGAUGACCCCCUCUUUUUUUUAACCCAAAAUUAAGAAAUUAAGUUGUUUAGCUUUUUUGGAGGGUGGGGGAGGUCACUUCCGCCAAUCACUCACCCAACUGCCCUCCACUGCCAAUCGCUUGCCACUGCCGAUUGCACACCACGCCGCAGCCGCCAAUUGUCUGCCCACUCGCCGCCAACAACAGCCCACCCGCCCACUUGCCGUAGCUGCCAAUCACCUGCUUGCCUCACCACAGCCGCCAAUUGCCUGCCCCAUUGCCACAACCACAGCCAAUCACCAGCAGGCCUUGCCGCAGCCACCAAUCACCCGCCCAAUUGCCACUGCCCAUCUCCUGCUUGCUGCUGCCAUUAAUCACAUGUCCCCCCUCUGCAUCCACUAUCCAUGUAUAAGACGACACCCAAUUUUUGCCUAUUUUUUAAAAGCAAAAAGCAUCAUCUUAUACACGGGAAAAUAAAGUAACCAAUCAGUGGAUUGUGGUCCCUUAGGGCAAAAGGGGUACUGUCCCAUGAAUCUCACCCAAUCCCCAUCUGACUGCCCUUUGAUUUACAACCAACCAGGGGGUGGUUCUUCCUGCCAUUGCCUCUGGCUCCACCUGUUAGUCUUCCUGUCUUCUGCCCUACUUCUCACAGUGGGCACCAGCUACCGCAGCAGAUAGUCUGACUGGGCGUUGAGCAACUUCCUGUGUGUCACAGCUGCCUCUUCCUCCUUGUUUCCCUAGAACAUUGUGCUCUACGAAUGGCUGCCAGCCUUCGCUGGGAAUGACCCCGCUGAACCUUACACAGGUGAGGAGAAGGAAUCAUGGCAUGUGCAAGUGGGUACCGUUCAAUGGGGGCCAGUGGACUGAGCUGAUUUUGUUCUGCUGUUAGUGUGCAGGGUUUGGGGCAUGCAUAUGCGUUUAAGUAAAUAUAAAUGCACUAGAGGUUUACCCGAGCCUCUCCCGUUAUUUAAAACCACAAUUCCUUUCAGUUUUCACCUUUACUCAAACUUUGGCUGUUGUUUUGAACCAUCACUUUCCCCUUGGAGACCUUGGUAACAAGGAGCUAACAACUCAAACCAAAUCCAAUCCAAUCCAAUCAAUAAGCAAGCAUGUUAAUAAACACCUUUUCUUCAUUUUUCACGUUACACAUUUCCAUUUUAAAAUUAAUAAUACAUCCCCUUUUGUGUGGGGUGCAGUUUAGAAUAAUAGGGUAUGUAGAUUAAUGAAUAAAUAUUGAGGAAAGGAAUUGUAAUAUCAGGAAUAAUAAAAGAUAUAAGAAGGGCUUGCUUGCAUGUACAAAACAGGUUAAGCACCCCUUAAUGGUUAAGUCCAGUCAAAGGCGACUAUGGGGUUGUGGUGCUCAUCAUGCUUUCAGGCUAAGGGAUAUGCCAUUUGUCCACAGACAGCUUUCCGGUCAUGUGGCCAGCAUGACUAAACUGUUUCUGGCGCAAUGGAACACUGUGACGGAAACCAGAGCACAUGGAAAUGCCGCUUAUCUUCCCGCUACAGCGGUACCUAUUUAUCUACUUGCACUGGUGUGCUUUCGAACUGCUAGGUUGGCAGGAGCUGGGACAGAGCAACAGGAGCUCACCCCGUCACGGGGAUUUGAACUGCUGAUCGGCAAGCCCAAGAGGCUCAGUGGUUUAGGCCACAAUAAUCCAGUGACAAAUAAUAUCUUUGUAAUUAGGGAGAGAAUCUGAAGCUACAAUCCUAUGCAUGCUAACCUAGGACUUGGGAGUGCAUCUCACUGAACUCAGUGGGGCUUUACUUCUGAGAAGACUGAGAAUGGUUAGAAGACCACCUCACAGAGCUACAAUUCUUAGAGGGGAAGUCAUGAGCAUUUAAAGUGGUAGAACAGUGUCUUAAAUCUAUAGUGGAGGCGGAGCCUGAAUUGUAUUUGGGGAUUCUGCAUACCUCUGCACUAUAAACUAUAGAUUUCAUUAACCAAACAUGCACACUCUGUCCAAAAAGUGUGUUUGCACUUGACUGAUCAUCCGUGCAGCAAUGGGGCCUCAUCCUGCUGUAGUUGCCAUCCCUGCCCUUCAUUGAGUAUUGUUAUUCAGAGCCAUCAUCUCUGUUUCAGGUUACAAGCAACAUGUGGAUGCUAGGAUCUCACCUGAAUUUGUUGUGACUACAGCACUCUUUCUGGGCACCAUGGUCCCUCCUGGCGUGUACAUGAGGUAGGAAUCUGCCUUACUUCUAGCCUUCUUAUGAAUUGGCUGAUACAUCAGUUGGAUGAGCAAACCUCUGAGGCUUGGACCAUGCAUGUCAACUGGAGAAUGGUAGCCUUGCCAGAAGACACAUCUCACAUGCGCAAGGUCCUAAGUUCAGUUCCUGACCACCUCCAUCUCAAAGGAUCUAGCAGCAGGUGGUGGGAGAGAUUCUGUAGAGUCACCACUAAUUUGAGUAGACUCCGGAGAACCACUGCCAAUCAUAACAGACGGCUCUGAUCCAGAUAGACUCAGUAUAAGGCAGCUUUAUAUCUGCAAGGCCCUCUCAUGUCCUAACCACCUGCCUUAUCUCUGACAGUGGAGGGACAUUGUAAGCCCUGAUAUUGAUGUCAGUGCAUGUAUAGGUUUGCAUGAGAGGUGGAGGUCCUUGAGAUAUUCUGCUACCAGGUCAUGUGGGGCCUUCAAAGGUAAAUAAAUAAAUAAAAAUAAUAGUACUGUACCUUUUAAUACCAAAAAUGAGGUACCAGAGCUCAUAUAUUUAUAAAAAUGUCAUGGGUGCCAGCAAAAGUAUUGGCAUGGGCAGCUGGAAAAUAGGAGGCAACUGCCACUGAAAAAAGCCCUGAAUUCUAUAUACAAAUGGGUAGUCAAUGCAGAUGGAAUGAUGCUGGAGUUAUGUGCUCCAAGUAGUAUUUACUGGAUGGCAAUCUGCCUUGCUACGUUUGGAAGAGACUGCAAUUGCUGAACGCUCUUUGAAAGGAGCAUGAGUGACCCUGGACAGCCCUAGUUCAAACCUCUCACUACUGUUCUCUCUUGACCUACUCACACUGUGGUAAUAAGGAGAGGAUUUGCUGUCCUGCCUCACAGGGUUGUUAUACUUAGCACGAAACCCUUUUAGCUCUUAAGAAGCAAUGCAAUGCAACGAGCAUGUGCUUAUUAAAAAGUUCCCCCAUCCAUCUGCUUUUGUUGGUGCAGUAAGGUAAUCUUAGACUCAACUUAAUGGUCUUACAGAGGGCUCACUUUAGAUGUUGGUGUGAUAAGGCUGCUGUGUUCUCUUCCUCACUCUGUUCAAUGGAGCCCUGUUUGGUUAUCCCUCUUCCCCUUCUGGCUUCCCUAGGGCCCCUCCAAACAUCUUUUGUUGUGCAUUCACGAUGUUUUGAGCUCAUCAUGCUAUUGGGGGAGUUGCAUGUGACACUACCUUCAGUACGGUUUGCACUGAUGCACUAUAGCUGUGUCAAUAACAUGUUGCACAACAUACCUGGAGGGGCUCUUAUGCUCAUGGGUUUGGAUAUCAUUCCUUUCCUGCUUAGAGCAUCGUUUCACUUCUUUUGCUUUUCUUUCAGGAACUCAAGUUGUCACUUCCGAGAAGUGAUUAACAGAGAUGGCACCCGCUCCCCGGUACUCCGGUUGUGCAACAGUUAUUGGAGCAGAGAGGUAGGGGGCUUGCAACUAAGCAUAAAUUUCUAACCAAAGGCACGUGUUACACCACUCAAUGGUGUAAAUUGGUUUCUGUCGUUGGUACAGAUACAUCAUUGGUCACUGGUAGAACACAUGCUCUGCAUGCAGAAAGUUCCAGGUUUAAUUCCUGGCACCUCCAAGUUGAGGUGAGACUCCUGUCUAAAACCUUGGAGUGUCACUGCCAACCGGUAAUGACCAGGGAUGGAGAACCUGUGGCCCUCCUGCGGUUAAUAGACACAACUCCCAUCAUUCCUGACAACUGUCCAUGUUGGCUAGGGUUGAUGGGAGUCCAACAGCAUUCGCAGGACCACAAUUCCCUCAUCUCUGGUGCAGACAAUACUGAACUAGGUGGACCAACAGUCUGCCUUGGUGCCUGGCAGCUUCCUAUAUCACGGGUUAAGCAGGUAACCUCAGCAAGGCAUGUAGCAACUCUGGACCCAAAUAAUGUUUUCAGUAAGGUUGUGUUGGUCUCUAUUAGCUGUGGGCCAGGCUACUGAUCUAAAGAUCUGAACUGGCGGCUUCCCUGCUGUGCUGCUAAUCCUAGCUCAGAACUGGCAAUGGGUGUAGCUUUGUGGUGAGCUGACGCUGUGUGCUGAGUCUUUUUAUCUAUCCUGUUCAGAAUCCCAAUAUCAAAACGGAUAAGGAUGUUUCUGAUCUGCUGCUGGGGAUGGCUUCUCAAAUUGCUGAGAAGGAAGACAACAUAGUGGUUGAAGAUCUCCAAGGUGGAUUUUUCCUUCUUCCUUUAUUCCUGGCAGUUUUUAAUCCUUCUCCCUCUCCUCUCCUCUCCUCUCUCUCUCUCUCUCUCUCUCUCUCUCUCUCUCUCUCUCUGUGUGUGUGUGUUUUAAUUGCAAAACAAUUUGAUCCCUUCUACAAACCGAGAAAGGCAAUAAAAAGCAAGGAAUCUUUUGACCAGAAUCAGUCUAGGAAUAGUUACUUUUUGGGCUCAGCAAAUGUGGGUUGUCAUCCUAGUGCUGUCCAGAUGCUGCCAGGCUCAUUUAUUCCACCUUUCUGCCCCCGGAGAAAAUAUAAAGAAUGGAAGACCAGGACAAUCCAAACUGGUGUAGAUCCCUUUGCACUCCUGUCCAUUCCUCCAUUAUAAUUACAGCCCAGGUUUUGCCUCUCUCUGCUUCCUUGUUGCAAUGAAAUGCAAGCAAUGCAUGUUAUCAAUUCUCUCUACAUCCUUAGGCUGAAACUGGAGAGCGUGGGGACUUGGUAUUGCGCUGAACUGCGAGGGAUCUGCAAAACAGUGAAAGAUUUCAGUGUGUUGCAAAUCUCUCUGAGGCUCAGUGAAAGUGAAGGGAUUUUCCAUACGCAAACUUCUCUGAAAACAUAUGGAGCUUUGACUUCUCCCUCCUUACAUAGGCGCCAUGUGUGUGGUGCUGUGGGUGCUCCAGCCCCCACAACAUUCCCCAUGAAGGAACAGGGCACCCACAAUUUUUUUGCCCCGGGGGCAUUUGGGCCCGACGUCGUCAUGCCCAGUGGCAGAGCCUAUGCGCUUGCCAAGUGCACCCCUGAGGAAGCCCAGCCCGGCCAGGCAUGCUGCCCAGCUGAUGAGAGGGGUGGCCAACUCCAGGGGUGAUGGGCCUCUUCAGGUCUUCCUGAAGCUGCAAUGGGCCCCAUUGAGCCUUCCUGUGGCCGCAGUGGGCCCCAUCGGGCCCUCCAGAGGCCACAACAGGCCCCGUUGAACCCUGUUAUGCCUUCUGGAGGCCGCAACAGGCCUCUACCCACAUGAUGUCACAUGUGCGCCACGCACAUGCCGUCACAGGCCCUCUCCAGGCACCCACAAAGUGGGGCAGGACCGGGUGCCUGUGCCUCCUUAAAUUAGGUUAGUUUGGAAAACCACAGGACUGACCUCACUGCAAGUCACAGAAGGGAGGUGGGAAUCCUUCUUCCUUGCAGUGAGCCUUAGGUUGCUUUGCAAAAUAUUGAGACAUUUCACCCUUUUUGCAAAGUUUUGGUACAACAGGGAAGUGGGGUGGAGGAACAGUUUAACUCUUUCUGCUGCUGUUCUUCUCAAAUGUCCCCUCAGAUCAGGUGCCCCUUGCUAUCAGAUAGGGAUGGGAGAGGAAUUUGAUUAAAUUAAAAUGUAAAGUUGAAUUUACCUAAUUCUCACAUUGCAGAACAAAAAACCAGCUGGAACCUGGCCAGGUCCAUUAAUUCACCAUGAACUUAGGUCCAUUAGUUUCAGUGGGCCUAUUAUGAGUAAGGAUGGCAGAGAAACUUGAUUCAGUUCACAUUUUGAUGUAUUUUUAAUCUUUGUUGGAAGCCACCCAGAGUGGCUGAGGAAACCCAGCCAGAUGGGUGGGGUACAAAUAAAUAAUAAUAAUUAUUAUUAUUUUAAAGCCAAGCGAACUUGAUUUGCCCUUUUUUUAAAAAAAGCAAACUAAAAUUUAGCCAUCCUCUAAAAUUUGCUCUGCUCUGAGUUUUGCAAUGGAGAGGAGGCUCAACAUUAACCGUGGAACCACUUUUACAUUUCCACUUACAGCUUAAAGCUGAACAGGGAUGCCUUAGCACUAACACUAAGGAGUCCUAAUGUGGAAGCAGGCUGGGUCCUUCCGGGUUCCUUCUAGAACAGAUGCUUGUCUGAGCGCUCAGAGGUGCCUUGCCAAGGCCGCCAUUCUGCUCUCUGCAGGGAUUCUUCUGUGUUGCAGUGCCCUGAUGGUCCUGUGUUGCACUUGUUCUCCAGAUUACUGGUAUGGGACCCUGAAGUACUCCCGCAUGGACUUCGUAGCCAACUGGAUUCAUCGUGGGCGGGACCUUGGAUUAACUACCUAUAAUAGAGCCAGGGAGUUCUUCAACCACUCCAUUGCUACUAAAUGGCAGGACAUCCACCCAAAUGAAACGGUACUCUGUCAGAGGUCUUGCAGGGGGUGGGGGCAUAGAUAAGCCAGGCAUGAAACAGGGUGCAUUUUGUCUCCUGUAAGCAGGACCAUCCGUGGAGAUGGAGAAUUUUCCCAAGUGCCUAUAAGAGCAACCCUACAUUUCUGUGCUGCAUCCCAUAGAAAAUCAGACAUUACCUGAGAAAAUCCAGGCAGCUGAAACAUUGCAGGAGAGGCAAAGCCUCACAUUUUGCAGCCCUUCAACUUGGUAGAAGAGGAGCACCUGUUUUGCACACAUCCGCUCCCGGGUUCAAUCCUUGACAUAUUUGAAGAAACAUGUAUCAGAUGAGAGGAAAGUUGCCUCAUUGAGUCGCUGGGGAUCUGUUGCUACUCAGAGCAGACAUUGCUAGAUAUAAAUGAUCUGACCUACUAUAAGUCAGCUUCCAUGGUCCUCUUGUCACAUCACUGCUCCACAGCUUUCAGGCCUGCCCAUUGCCCUCUUUAAGACAGCCUUCCCUAGUCUCCAGUCCCCAGGUGUUGUUGAAUUACAAUUCCUAUCGCCGCCCAUUAGCCCUGCUAUAGCCCAGCAUCUGAGGGCCCAGAGUUAAGAAAGGCGGCAUUAAGGUCUUUGGGAGAUGUGCAAGCUCAAAAAAGCCACAGAGAAAAAUGUUUUGAAGGCUUUUGUUCUUUUACUGUAUGAUCAGAGUGAAGCUGCUUUGGCUGACAGAUUCAAAGCAGCCUCUCUCUUUCUGUGUAUAUGCCAUACAUAUACACAAUUGCUUCCACCAAAGGAUCCUGGGGACUGUAAUUUAGCCUUCAUAAAGUCCCCAGGAUUUAUUUGAGGGAAGUCAUGUGCUUUAAAUGUGCGGUGUCGAUGCAGCCUGCCCCUCUAACUAACCAAGCGGCCUGGAAAGCCUCCCACUCGUCUUGACGCAGCAACCUAACCUUGCGGCUUGUUCCCAGCUUUGCAGAGAACUUGCAGAGAUGUACAGCAAUGACACAGACCGCCUGGAACUGCUGCUUGGGGGCCUGUUGGAAGCUGAUAGAAAGCUCUUCCACAGCAUCAUUCAGGACCAGUUUCUUCGCUUACGGGAUGGAGACCGGUUCUGGUUUGAAAACACCAAGAAUGGGUAACAGCUAACCAACUUUUUGAAAGCAUUCAUAAGCAUGGGGCGCAUGAACAAUGGGAAGGCCAGCUUGCAGAAAGAGGGAGGAAAUUUCUUGCCAUUGCCACCAAGUACCAGAAACUCUAGACAGAUUCACACUACAAUUUUACAUUAUAUUCGUGACUCCUGGGAGCUGUAGUUUCCUCCUCACAGAGCUACAGUGUGCAACACCUUUAUAACAAACCACAGUUUCCCAGGCUCUCCGGGGGAAGUCAUGUGCAUUUAAUAUUCUUUAACCAUAUCAUGUGUAUCCAUACUCUGUGACAGAGGUUGGAAAGAUGUGACCACCCCCCCCAGGUGUCAUUGGAUUUGAACUCUCAUCAUCCCCUGUCAGCAAGACCAAAAGUCAGGGAUGAUGGGAGUUGUAGUACAGCAAUCUGGAGGACCACAGUUUCUCUCCCUACCCUGCUCUAUAAUGUCUCAAAUACAGCCUCCCCCCAGGAGCACCACAGAUUCCCCAUCCCUGGCUUUCAGAUUUUGAGAGAGCCCUUCAGCAAGGGCUUGAGUACAGCCACUUCCCUCUCCUCCUUUCCCUCCUAUUCUUGCCUCAUUCUGCAAAUUCACUUGCCUUCUGUCUGGGCCAAACCUGCACCCCCCCACACAGGAUGAGUGCAAACAAAAUGUGUUGCGGUUACUGCUGUUCCUCCUCCUCCUUGCUCCUCCAGCAGUAGCAGGAGGCUCCAGGGAUUGGCAGUGGGCCUCUUAGUAGGAUAUGAGCCUUUGGAAAUGCUUGAAAAUGCCAAGCCCCGAAGCUGUACCUAAGUCAGGGAUGGGGAACUUUGUUCAGCCUGAGGGCCACAUUGCCUCACGGGCAACCUUCUGGGGGCCACGUACCAGUAGUGGGCAGGGCCAGAUGCAAAAGUGGGUGGAGCUUUAUACCCACCAUGCAGAGGUCAGAGGUUUCUGUGCCCACAGACACACUUUGACGUAUCCAGGCAAAUGAGGCAUUAUCACAGUUCAAAGACACAGACCAGCCAGGCAAAAGCACUCCUGGAGGGUGUGGCUUUUGGAAGUGGGUGUGGUCUGUGGAGACAGACAGGGCUGUAGGACCAAUAUUGGUCCUCCGGCACUGAGGUUCCCAACCCUGGUCUAAAGGAAUGGGCAGCCCUAGAAGUUGUUGUUAAACAAUGAUAAAUCUUCUCAGUGCAGAGGGGGCAGUGGGGCAAGCUACUCUAAAAGGAAAGGGGAAAAAGACACUGGGGCUGUAGAUAUGAGAGUGUUGGAAGUUCAGUGCUAAUUGCUGUUUGGGAAGAAUCACAUUUUCACAGCAGCAGCAAAUUGCAGGCUGAGUGAUGGGAAAACGUAUUUCUCUUGAAAGUGAGGCACUAGCUUGUGGAAAGACCGAACUCUCCUGACUACGUAACUGCACCGUCCCUGUGCAAUAUCUUUUUUUAAAAAAGAAGCCAACAUAGAUAAGUCAAUUUUCUUAAAAGUCAUAUAUACCCAGGUGGUGCACAUUGUAUGAUAAAUUCUCCAUCUCCUGUGCUGGUACAAGGAUUAGUUCAAUGGGGCAUGGCAAGAUUGUGUGCAUGUUGCAAAUCUGUACAAGCUCAACAUUUUGAAUAUUAGAUGUAACAUGCAGACACCUGAACAUUUAACCCUCGAAGGCUGCCCAAGGUUCUAGACCUUAUGGGUAUAAAGGCACACUUGAAAAUGCAGAGCAGUGUUGACUGAAAUCUCCAAAGCCAUAAGAUUCCUUAAUAGGAUCUCCACUGGUUCAGGCCAGGGCUUCCAUGCCCUGCAUAAUAUCGUGAUGCCCCCUACAUAUUGCAGAGCUUCACAAAAAUUCCAUGCAUGCACAAACAUGUUUAAUUUACACAGUGUACAUACAUUGCAUAAUUCAUAUCUGUUGGCACAGAAAUUAUAUCUGAAGCUUGGGGCCGUAGGGAAGGGGAAAAUGGGUCACCAGUUAAAAGGGAUCAUGUAUCAAGUGGGCUUCUGCCCAAGACCCCACAGGCGGCAACAGGCUGUCGCUUCACUUAACCCUUUUGCUGACUCCCUUUCUCAGGUUAUUCUCCUCUGACGAGAUUAAAGAAAUUAAAAAUACCACAUUCCACGACAUCCUGGAAGCGGUCACCGAUGCAGAGUCAAAAGACAUCCAGGCAGAAGUGUUUUUCUUGCAUGAUGGUGGGUUUUCUGUUCUGGGCUGUUGACCAGUCAGUAGAGCAACCCCACAGGAUCUGUUCCAUAACCCUUGUCCACUUCUCCAAAUAGACCAGGACCAGAAACCAUGGCUUGGUGUUGCUUGUUCAGAUAAUUUGGAAUCAAAACUAACCACAGUUUGUCAUGAUUUGGAAACAAAACAGCAAACUGUGUUGAAACAGAAAGUGAAUAUUUCUAUUCUGUUCCCUGCAGCUGUGUUAGAGAAGGGGAGAUGGGAGCAUAUAAGCCCAAGGUUUUUUUUAUUAUUAUUUAAAAAAUUACAUUAAGCUAUGGUUGUUAGGGUUAUGUCUGAAUUCAACCAGAGUUUAUAACCAGACUGAAUAUGAUUGAAUAUGAUCCAGAUUGAAAAUGAUCCGCUCCCAUUCAAAAUGCUUGAAGCAAUUGAAAUAUAUCAAAAUUUCAAUUGAAAAAAGGAAUAAUGUUCCAGGAGGAGAUUUUGGAUGGAAACCAUGGUAGGGUGGGGCUUUUUGGGGUUUUUUUGCACCUUGUGAUAUUUACAGUGGGAGCAUUUUUAUGACAUUCCUUCCAUCUUGCUGCAAGAGCAGCUUUAUUUAUUUUUAUGUUAGGUGCCACAAUCGCUUCAGUCCAUUGUUGCAGUAUGGAGUAAUUUCCAGAAUUUCAACACACAACCCACUCAGCUUACCCACACCUGUAAACCCAGAUCACCUGAGAUGCUUUCUGUCUGCUAGAGAGAUAGAGAAGCAGUGAAAAUGCCAUUGCCAAAGCAAGUUCCAUCCCUUUUGGCCAGAGAACUUGGAGCAAUUUGGCACUUGGCCUGGAUGGGAGUUGACAUCAGAUCAAAGCGUUGCUGGAGUGGGGUGGGUCUGUGUACAAAUUGCAACUACGGGGGAGGGAAAUACUUGCUGCAUUUAUGCAAUCUUCAGGAACUCUUGGGUGGCUGAGGGCACAAGUGAUCAGUUUGGUCUAAUGCCCCGGCAACUUUGUCUGUCUUCCCAGGUGCGCCAUGUUCUCAGCCCCAGCAAGUGACUUCACAACAGCUGCCUGUCUGUGUCAAGCUAACCGUACUGGAUUACUUUGCAGGGAGUGUACCUGGAUUUGUGAUCACCAUCAUUGCUCUCUGUUGCUUCCCUCUGGGUUUGUUUCAGACCAGGUUUUGCUUACUUUACAUCCCAAGGAGGGGUUGGAUUGGGGCCAUGUCCUUAGGGGUGCCGCAUUGCUAUCAAAAGUUUCUGCAAAGUAUGACCAUGUUUAUAUGAUGAUGAGUCUUACAUGAGUCAGUGGUACUGAGUCUAAGCUGAUCUAAUCAGUGGGCGACCCCAAACACUGCCAGAUGAUGCAGCUGUUAACCUGUACUAUUUGGAGGAGAGACAUGUGUUCUUGCUGAAACUGAUGCCACACCUUUUGUGUUGCUUCUUCCAAGCACAGGUCCCCACUUUAAAGCGCUCUCUCUCUCUCUCUCUCUUUGCUCUGGAACUUUCCCCAUGAAAACCCACUCUUUGAAGCUGAAUUGGAGCAAACGGCCAUUGGGGUUUUCAUUCAGUUCAUUAGGCAUUAAAAGGCAAAUUUACCAAAUUCACAAUUUCCAAAACAAUAUUUGAACCGACGCAGUCGUCCUCUGAAAUUCACACUUCUCCAAAUUUUGCUGUGUGGUUUUUCCAACCAAGUAACAUGUGCAAACAUGAACAUGCUAGGAUGAAAAGUGCAUGUAAUAAAAGCAUAUAUUGCUGAACAUAACCUAUAGAAGUUCCUUAUAUUGGGGGAAAUUGCUUUGCAAAAAUGUAGGAUAUUAGGAAAAGCUGCCUCUCAAAAUGUGUAUAUUUGGGGAAUUUCACACUAAAAUGCUGAUGAAUUUUCACAAGAGCUUUUUUAAAAAGAUAUAUAAUUAAAUUGCAAAUGUGGAGAACCAAUUUUAAGAUGGGAAAACUGAGAGAAACUGAAAUUGGCAUGUUCACUUAUCUCUAGGACCAACCACCACUUAAAAAAGCACCCAUGGUUUGUUUAUUUAUUAUUUAUUUCAUAAAACGUAUGGUUUGAUCAGGAAUGGGGAAUAUGUGUCUCCAGAUGUUACUGGACCGCAACGCUCAGAGUUGUGGCCCAAAAUACCUGGCGGGCACCAAGUUGGAGAAGGCUGCUUCAGGAGUUGUCAGUGGGUCCCUUGCAGGGUGCGGGCUGUGGCAGGUGCCCAACAAUGCCAACCCCCAGCACGGUCAUUAGCGGCAAGCAACCCUGGCAGCGAGGGCUUAGCUUUGCAUCAAGGCCUGUCCCAUUGGUGUCUCUGCAGUGAGUCUGUUUGUCGCCUGGAUCGUUGCUGCCUUUCGGAGGAGAGCGUUCAAGAAGCUGCAGAAGAAGAAGCAAAGCCCCUCGGUACAGGCAGAAAUAUCUGCAGAUUCUAUCCACGGUGAGGCAUUUCCCAAAGCAUCUGGAACCAAAUUCUCCUGCAGAUGCAGGAGUAGUGGGGAAAGUCUCCUUGAAUAUCUUUUGUUCCUUGCUCAGCAAACAAUAUUAUUACUUCCUCUCUACAUCUGUGCUAGGGAUGUAUGGGGUGUUCGGGGAGGGCUGGUACUUCUGCUGGAGGACAUGCCAUGCUCCUUCUGGGGUAGUUUGUCCACCUGUGGUCCCCCACCUUUGGUCUCCUGCACUUAGCCCUCCCCUGUGGCUCCUGUCAGCAUGUGACAGAGGCCACACCCUGGGAAUGACUUUGACUGGCCAGCUAAACCAGGUGCGGGUAGCUGAUGGAUCUCAAACCAUGUGAGUUAAGGACUUUCUACUGUCCACUGUCCUUCAGACCUUGGGGGGGGGGGGGGCUAUAUUUUUUUUGGGGGGGGAAUGAAUUCCUAUGCCCCACAAAUAACCCAGAGAUACAUUUUAAAUAAAAGCACACAUUCUACUCAUGUAAAAACACACUGAUUGACUGUAUGUGGGCCGGAUUUAGAAGGCGAUUGGGCCGGAUCCGGCCCCUGGGCCUUAGUUUGCCUACCCAUGCAAUAAUUGGUCCAACGGUCAAGAAGGUGGUUUCUGCACCUGCCUCAGAGGGAGGUGAGGGGCAGAUGGAGCUUGCCAACCUGGGAAGGUGGCCCAUCUAGAAGAAGGAAAGCUCUGAUGCUAAAAUUAUUAUUAAAAUUAUUGUGCGUUUUUGGUUGUAUCUGUUUUAAUUUAUCCCACUUGCCUCCUUGGGUCCUGCACCCAAGGCAAGAUAUCAAUAAAUCUUUUCAUUUCUCCCAGCAUUUGAAUGGCAAGACCCCAAGACAGACAGCUCUCUAGUCUACCUUCAGCUGCAGGAAGACAAGGGGAUCAGAGUUCUGGACAGCAAGUUGGCCGUGCUGCGGAGCAUCUUUCUGAAAAGCCAGCAAAAGGUGGAGACCGUCCUUUCCAACAACAAGGGCAACAAAACCUUGCUGUUGAAGAUCCCCAAAGAAUAUGACCUGGUAUGCAACUUGUACGGUGUCUGUCUGCUUGUUUACUCCUUCAUUAACUAUAUUGAAAACAUUAGAUGUGUUCACAUGCUGCUAUCUGUACCCAUAGACAAGUGUUGUACAGCUCAAAUGUUGUGUACACAGACUGUACGCUCCUUGGACGUUGUAUGUGAAUAACUUUAAGAGUGUGCACAGGCCCAGAUUAAGACAUGCUGAAGCCCUGAGCCAGGUGUGGGGAACCUUUGGCCCUCCAAAUAGUGCUGAAUUGCCGCUUCCAUCAGGCCCAACAAGCAUGCCAACGGCCCCAGGGAUUAUGGGAGUUGUAGUUCCGCAGCAUCUGGAGGGUUAAAGGUUCCCAGCACCUGCUCUAAGCUGUGUCAAGUUUAAGAGUCCCUGUUCAAUUACAUUACCAAAAAUAUGCAGCAUUCUAACAGAAAUGGAAAUAGAAAUAAUAAAAAUUUAUAUUUGCCUUUGUAUACUGAUACAUAGAUGAGGAUGCAGCUAAAAAACUAAAACAUUUGUCUUCCAGUAAGCAUAUCUGCAUCUGAAAUGCUUUCAAACAGAAAUGCCUUCUGAUUUCUUACUUAGCAUAUAUGAAAACUGUUGACAUACAGAAAGACAAUUAUGCUAAACUUUAAAUAUAGUUUAAAGAUGUAUUUUGAGGUCCUUUGAAAUAUUUAAGCUUCAGCUUCAAUCCAGCACUGAUUGUACAGCUCAGAUAUUAGUGUAAAAACAUUGAACACUCAUUGAAUGUCAUGUCUGUUGAAAUCCUGACUUCCUAUCAGCCAAAAUCCCUUAUUAAGCCUCAGUUUAAAACAAAUCAAUUAACAGCAGCUGAAGCAACAUUGUCCAUCCAUUGUUUUUAGUUGCUAUGUAGAAAGAUUAAAAAAGGAGAUAUUCCUGAGAAGGGAUUUCCACGAUCAGAACUUCUCCAUCUCAUUUAUUCAUAGGUGUUGCAGUUUGAUGGAGAGGCAGAGCGAAAGGAGUUUCUUAAUCGUCUGAAAGUCUACCUUGAAAGAAAUGGACUCUCUCUCCACAUAUCCGACAUGAAGGAACAGCAGCUGCUGAAGAAGGCUGUUACCAAGGAGCAGAGAAAGGACAUCCUAGAUAUUUUCUUCAGGCAUAUAUUUGCCCAGGUACUCUCAUAACACUAGAACUCAGGACAGACAAAAGAACACUGACUUCAGCUGGCGUACCAGGUUAAUUGAAUCUGGUGCCUUGGGUUGUACUCAACUAAAUCCUAUUCAGAGUAAACCCACUAAAAGGAAUGAACCUAAGUUCGCCACGGCCAUUAACUGCAAUAGGUCUACUCAGAGUAGGACUAGCAUUGAAUACCACCCACAGUGUUCACAAACCUGGCAGCAAGGCCCUCUGAACACGAUGGGACUUGUUUCAAAGAAAGCCGUGCAUCAAAUAACCACAUGCAAACUUUGUUUUUUGGCCCUUCUUCCCUACUAAGAUAUAAAUAGCUGCAAAUGUAAACAUCUGUCUCUGAGAACAUGUAGAGGGCAAACAAGAUAAGCGGACAGCACAUACAUAGUGAUGAUGUUAUUGUGUAUAAUCAAGGUAAUUUGCCAUGUGUACGUGAAAAAGAGCCUCAAUGUUGCACUGUGUUGCUCAGGCAAAUGUUUCCAACUCUUUCCUUAAAUAGCCCUUCUCAGGGAUAGAUCUGUGCAUGUGCUUACCUAUUUGACAAAAACUUUUCAGUGUAGGACAGCCACUUUCAGAGUCCAAGAGGGGAUGUGUUCCCAUCAUGACUUCCUCCUCUUCCUCCUUGAAAAAUGCUCAUCUCACCAAGAGGAGUGCAUGUCAGUGACGCUGUCGGUGGUAUCCAAUGCUAGUCCUACUCAGAGUAGAUUCACUGAAAUUAAUGAAGGACUCGUGUUCACUCACUUCAAUGGGUGCAUUCUGUGUAGGGCUAGCACUGGGUACAAUCCUAUGCAAAUUUGGCAUAAUUCUUUUUUUUUAAGCCCCCUCAAAAAUGCAGAGCCUUAUGAGCAUGGCAAGAAGGAGCAUGGUAGUUUCUUUCAUUACUUUCAUUUUUUGUAUCCCGCCCUUCCUCCAAGGAGUUCAGAAUUAUGUACAUCCUCCAUUUUUAUCCUUACAGAUAUACCCUGGGUGCUCAGUGAGAGUUGGAGACAGUGGCAGGCCUCAGAUCUCCCCAGUGAGAUUCAAACCUGCUGUCCUUUGUCUAUUCCCAGCAUUCUAACCCCACCUCCAAAUACUGCCCCUCAAAUAUUGCAGUCAGCAAAAGGCUGGUGAAAAGAUGGCUAAGGCCAGCACUUCUUUUUAUAUAGAUAAUUUUAAUUAAAUUUUCUGUUUUACAAUUUAAAAUACACAUUUUACAUCCUCAAUGACUUCCCGUCUUCUCUUUCCAUGGUUCAUUUUAUAUAUCUUAUAUCCCUGCAUAUUUUACAAAAACUAUAUCAUUCAGUAUUCCAUUAUUGUAUCCAUCAAAACUUAUUUACACUGUUGAAUUUAUCUUAAUGCUGCCAGUGUUUUCAGCUGUACACAGUUAUUUCCCAUCUAUUCAAUAAACAUUUCCCACUCUUCUUUAAACAUAGGUUCUUCUUGUUCUCUUAUUCUAUAUGUUAAGUCUGCAAGUUGUACAUAUUCUGUCAACUUAAGUUGCCAUUCUUCUUUGGUUGGGACCUCGCUUGUUUUCCAUUUCAGGGCUAACAAAACACGGGCCGCAGUAGUAGCAUACAUAAAUAACCUUUUUUGACACCUGGGUAUUUGAGUUUGAAUUACCCCCAACAGGAAGGACUCUGGGUUUUUUGGAAAGUACUUUAAAACAUUUUUUUCAAUUCAUUAUGGAUCAUUUCCCAAUACUCUUCUAUCCUUUUACAAGAUAACCACAUAUGAAAGAACGUUCCCUUGCACUUCUUGCUAGAAACCUUUGCCCAAGCGUGGCAUGAAUAAGUCAUUGCUCCUUCUUCCUUACAGCAGCUUUUCCCCCAACGUGGAACUGUGUCCUUUUAAUUGUCGGGGAUUUCCUGCAUUCUUUUUUUGUUAAACAUCGAACAGAGGCACUUACAUAAUGCUUAGAUGAUCCGAUCGAUGUUCUGAACUAUGGAGAUAGAAAUCAAACCUUGGUUGAUAAGUUAUUUUAAACUAAUAUUUGCAGAGCAGACAGAAAGGCUUUGUUGCAGUUCUCUUAUUCCUGGGGAGCCUGAGAAGUGUUAUUCCAGGAACCUCACCAUGUGCUUUGUCCUUUCCAGGUUCUAGACAUUGACAGAUUAGACGCUGGGGAGCUCAGCUUGGAAACUUCCCAGAAAGCCAAGGAAGCGUUGAAGUGUGAGCUGAGCAGGGAGGAGUUUGCAGAUGCGCUGGGGCUCAAGCCCCAGUCUGUGUUUGUGGACUCCAUGUUCUCACUCGCUGACAAAGACGGCAAUGGAUAUCUCUCCUUCCGGGAGUUCCUAGACAUCUUCGUGGUCUUUAUGAAAGGUGAAAUUGGAUAUCAGCGAAAAAGUAUGGGAGGGAAUGGAGCCUAAUCAGGGCAUUCAGAAUUCUACAUGGGAAAACAUUCCAGGUGUUUAUCAUGUGUACAUCAAGGAACAUCUCUAGUAGCAGAGACCAGCGGCCAGAUGGUCAAUGGGGAAUCAUGUUGGUUCAGCAGGAAGUGAGUCCUGCUCAGCCAACCUGAGAAGCUACUGAUCAGGAUAAUUAUGGGAAGGCCAUUCCCAAUAAAGGGGGGAGAGAAAUUUGAUUCAGUUCACAUUUAACAACCAGUUCCAAACAGUAUGCCAACCAAAACAUAGCCGUUUCUUCAAAAUUCACACCUACCCAAAAUUUGCAGUUUGGUCCUCCAACCAAAUAAUGUGUGGAAAAACCAACAGGGUAAAAGUGUGCCUAGAAAUGCAUAUUUUAGUGAAAAUAACAUACAAAAAUGCAUUGUAUCAGAGGAACUUGCUUUCUAGGAAUGUAUAGAUUAAGUGAAAUUGCAUUUCAAAAUUGUAUUCUGCACCAAAGUGCAGAUAGAUUUUUAUGAGGAUUUUAAAUAAAAUUGCCAGCUGAUGUUGGGAUGUGAAGACCUGAAUCUAAAGAGUGAAAACAAGGAAAACUGAGAGAUCUGCGUCAUCCUCAUGUGUCAGGCUGCAACAAUAGUCUCUCCCACAUCCUCUCACCCACCCGUUUCCUGGAACACAAAUCCCCUCCCUUCAGUUAUCAGUGCCUCUGAAGUUAUUGUGGGGCUGGAGAAUUGGGCUCUCAUAAAAAUUCCUUAUCAAAUGGACUUUAUGAUAAGCAUUUUUAUGGUAUUUUUGAUGUUACUCAUCUUACUCUUCCUCCACCAGGAUCUCCCCAAGAGAAGUCAAAACUGAUGUUCACCAUGUAUGAUAUAGAUGGAAAUGGCUUUCUUUCAAAGGAAGAAUUCUUCAGGAUGUUGAGGUACUGGAUAGUGCCGGGGAAGGAAGUCUUUUUCAGCUAGAGGGCCACAUUUUAUUCUCCCAAGGGCCACAUAUCAGUGGUGGGCAGGGCAGACAGGUCAAGAAAUGUAAACAGUAAUGUAAACAGGCCAGUUUCUCUUUACCCUCCAUCCAGCCAAGCAAAGUGUGUUAUCCGAAUGCAAGGACACAUUCCUUCUAGGCAAAAGCCCUACAGGGUGAGGAACAAGGCCAGUGACAGAGAGUGGAUUCUUUAACCCCAGUUUUGAAAUUGAAAUUCACACGAAGCGACAGUUUCUCCCUAGUGGAUUCUGAUAUUCUUUUUUUUAAAAAAAAAUAUUAAUCAAUGCUCAGUACACAUAUGACAUCUAAUACCAUAAACUCUUGCAAUUGAGAACAGAAUGCAUAAUGUAAGGAAAAAUUAAGCAGGUAGAGGUUAUGUUGUUAGUGACCAGAAAUGCUUAGGGUGGACCAGUGGCGUAGCGUGGGGGGUGCAGGGGGGGCCGGCCGCACCGGGCGCAACAUCUGGGGGUUAGGGUUAGGGGGCGCAAAUCCACUGGUUAUGGGGCGCAAAUCCACGGGUUAGGGGGCGCAAAUUACUUGCCUUGCCCCGGGUGCUGACAACCCACGCUACGCCACUGGGGUGGACAUCUGACUGCAAGGGUCUUAGUGAAGACUCAGAUGUUCUGGGCCCCUUUUCUGAACAUACCGGUAAUUUGACUCGGCCCGCAGCCCUUUUGCAACAGGCUCCUUGUUUGCUGACCACGUUGUCUUCUGUUGCCUCUUAGGUCUUUCAUUGAGAUCUACAACAACUGCCUCUCGCGAGAUCAGACUGAGAAGGUCAUAGAGUCCUUGUUCAAGGAGUCAGGGUUCGAAGACAAACAGGAGCUCACCUGGGAAGAUUUUAACUACAUGCUGCGGGACCACGACCAGGAGUUCCGCUUCACUCACCUCUGCGUUAAAGGUAAUGGAAAAGAGAGAGCUCAGGCCUGAGCUGGGGGGUGGGGGGCAUGGAAAGGCAAAACUAAGCAGCUGAAUUGUUAGGUAAAUUGGAAUUUCCAACCCUCACAAUACUGGGGUAGCGUGGUUGGACUUGCAAUGGAGAAUCAGCCUUCCUUCUAUUCCACCUGUGGGGAAUCUUUUUGGCUCCACAUCUCUUGCUGAAGCCAACUUUGACAGGUGGGCAGGACAAACCACCUUCCAAUCCCAUGGCAUCAAUCAUAACGCCCUUGUGUGGGAUUGCCAAGUGCCCAACAGACAGGUAGGUGGCUGUCUGCUGGGCCGUAGCUAGGGAGUGGUGAGGUGGGCCCCCUCCAGGGGCGUAGGCAAGGGGGGCACAAAAUCGGCUUUAAAAUAUGUCCAUAAAUAUAAAUAUUGAUUAUUGCCUUAUAAGAAAAGGUUUUAAAUAGAGGGUGAAUUAAAUGGGGGGAGGGGUUUGGAGGAGAGGCGGAAAGAAGAGCUUAUUUGUCAGUGGCUGAGGGGGCACAAUCUGGACAGUUCUGCCAGGGGCGUAAGAUCACCCAGCUAUGGCUCUGGCUGUCUGGCACUUGGGUUAAGCAUCUCUUUCCACCACCAAUUUCCUGCUAGAAAAGCCUCUGUGUAUGUGUUCAUCCAUCUAUAUUUACAAUGCCACUGUCAGAAACAGACCAUAUGGACCUCUGGUCUGAGACACAACCCUAAGAAGUUAGUGAGCUCUUUCUCUUCCCCUUAUUCUGCAAAAUCCUUCCUAUGAACAGACAUGACUUUCCUUAUUCUGUCUCUCAAAGGAAUUCCUGACAGAUUCAGACAAAAUGUGAGCAAUCGAGCCUCCGUCAUCGACAAGGACAGAAGCAACAAGUAAGCUCUCUGCUCAGCCACUGAUCCUCUGUGAGCCGGGCUCCUCUCAAGCGCGUCCGGCACUCGCUCCACAGAUACACAGCAUACAUUUAAAGCACAUUUCCUCCUCUAAAGUAUCCCAGGGACAAUUACCACCACCCUUAACAAACUACAGUUACAAGGAUUCUAUUUUGGGGUGUGUGUGUCAGGGAUGUGCCUUAAAUGUGUUAUCCGUUUCUCUGCUAAGCUUUUUGCUGUGGUUAUAGUUCUGUUAAUCAAUCCAUUCCUUACAGUUAAGUGAAAGAGUAAAUUCACCUACUGGUUUUGAAAGAAAUUCCCACACAUUGAUGCUGGACAGUGAAACUUAGCGUUGUUUAUAGGGUAUUCUCGUUCAUGAAACAUAGCUCCGGAGGGUCUUUUAACCAUUUCCUCAUUCUCCAUUUUCCAGCUGAAAUCCUUGCCCUGCCGAAACAAAAAACAAAAAUAACCUGCCACUUCCCCUGGUUUUUAAAUGGUUGCUAUGUAAGGUGUUUAAAUUGGUUUGGAGGAGGAACGAAAGGUUGUGAGAUGAACGUGUUUCUGCAUAUUUAAGGUAGUGCGGAGAGACAGGAGGAAGAGCCACGUUAAGGUUCUUUAAACGGCACUGAGCGAAUUUCCACUGUGUGUUUCCUGGAGAGAGUGCUGAGGCCAUUAUGCCCUCUGGGCUACCACUGUGCCAAAGAUAUGUCUAACUGCAACCUGCUCAUUCCUCUGAACAGUGUGCCCCACCCCCAGUAUUAUUGCAUGGGCUAUGCAGCAGUUAACCGGAGAUCUUUGUUUCCAAAGAGUAAACGGCGCUAGGCCUAAGGGCACUUCCAGACACAAUGCCAAUGAAAGUGCCGGGUGCUGUAAAAGGGUGUCACCCAGCAUGUGAUGUUAUUGUCACUCCUUUAAAAAGGGUGUCACCCAGCACGCGAUGUUAUUGUGGUGCUAGCAGCAGCCAGCCCAGACUACCAGUCACGUAGAAAAACAACCUGAUCCAUAGGUCACUUAUGCAAAAUGACUCGGCUCCACUUGCUAGCAUCUCCUUGCUGAAACCCUGGAGAGCUGCUGCCGGUCAGUGUCGAACCAACGUGGUCUGGCUUGGUAUAAGGCAGCCGUCCUAUGUCUCUAUUUGUUUUAUUAUAUUUACACAUAAAAUUGCAUGCUGAGGAAUCAAGGAAAAAAAUAUGCUCAAGAGUGGAAAAAAUGGCAUAAAACUCGCUCACAUGACAGGGUAAAUAAAAUCAUUUUAAGGCAGCAUAUAGAACAAAACACAGAUGACCCCUGUCUAAUAAUUGAUUCCCCAGUGUAGGUGCUGCUAUGUUAAACACAACCUUAUGGCUGCAAAACAGAUGUCAUAAGAAACAUCCCUAGAAACACCCUAAGAGGAAUGCCUGUUCUGUUUUCCAUGCAACUAGAUUUUCAGCAUUUUCCGAUUAUCAAACCCACUUUCUCUAGAAGAGCUACAGCUGUUAUUCAGAAAACAAAAUGCUAAAGAAGAUGAGUUGUUUCUUCUGCCAGAAAUGUGGCAGAACAAAUAAGCUGGGCGUGGGAAAUAUUAAGGGAGGCUGGUGUUAUUCACUUGCAGUGGGCAAACUUUUUCCUUCUAAGCAACCAUAAAAUCAAAGGGCCUGGGUCAGCUUUCUUGGUUCCAAGUCGUGUAAUAGAUAAGACUGUUCUCUGAAAGGCUAUUAUCUGCUUCCUUAAGCAUCAUCCUAAAUCGGGAACAGCCCCUGAUUCUGGAAGGAGAUGCAACCUCUGGGGGAAUGCCAGGGCAAAACCUGAGGAGGAGGCCAGGAAAAAAGUAAGUGUCUGAUUGUAUUUCUUAAUAGCCUUCCAACGUGACAUCUAUUUAGAUUAGAAUUUAUCAUGGUGAUCCCAAAACAGGCAUUUUCUGCUGCUGUAACUGCAUUAUGGAACUCCCUUCCCUCUGCAAGUGUGAAGCAGAAACCAUCAGUUACAUCAGAUCUCAUGUAGAGUCAUAUUUUUGUCCAGGGCCCUAUUUUUGUUUCUCUCCACUUUCUGAAUUCCUGCUCUCCAUAUGCCUUUGAAGUGCUGUUUUAUUCUGGAUUUUUGUUUUAAUAACAUUGAGUUGUAGCCAAGUUGUACUCUGAGUAGGCCCAAGGGCACAAAUUGACCUAAAUUGGUCAUAUCCAUCAAUUUCAAUGGGUCUAAUCUGACUAGGAGUAGUAUUGCAUAUAGCCCAUUCAUUUCAAUAGAUCUAUUCCUUAGAAAUUAAAAAGUAAAGGUAAAGGUAAAGGACCCCUGACAGUUAAGUCCAGUCGCGAAUGACUCUGGGGUUGCGGCGCUCAUCUCGCUCUAUAGGCCGAGGGAGCCGACGUUUGUCCGCAGUUUUUCCGGGUCAUGUGGCCAGCAUGACUAAGCCGCUUCUGGAGAAGCCAGAGCAGUGCAUGGAAACGCCGUUUACCUUCCCACUGGAGCGGUACCUAUUUAUCUACUUGCACUUUGACGUCCUUUCGAACUGCUAGGUUGGCAGGAGCAGGGACCGAGCAAUGGGAGCUCACCCCGUCGCGGGGAUUUGAACCGCCGACUUUCCGAUCAGCAAGCCCUAGGCUCAGUGGUUUAGACCACAGUGCCACCCGCAUCCUUAGAACUUAGUUGGGUUUAUUUACUUAUUUUAUCAACAUUUCUAUACCACCUGCAUGUAAAAAAAAAUAAAAUCAAAGCAGUUUACAAAAAGAAUAAAAUUAUCAGUGAAAACAGUUGAAAACAACAAUUUAAAACAUUUUUUUUUAAGUCCAUGAUUAAGCUAAAAACCAGAUUAAAGGGCAUGUCAUCAUUCUCCGUAUCUGGUUAGGCUUCCCUGAAUAAAAAUGUUUUUUACAGGCACUGAAAAGAGUACACUGAAGGUGCAUGCCUGAUCAAAUGGGAAUCUCUUGGGUCAAAUGGGCACCUAUUGGGUCAGGUGAUCUUACAGCUUCAGCCCAUUGUUUAUUUUUGUUGUUGCUGUACACCACUUACAUAUAUUUUUAAUCAUUAAGCAGUUUAUAAAGGCUUGUAGUUAAUUAAUUUAAAACAGUGCUACCUUGAGAGCCAGUAUAAAGUAAUGGUUAGUGUUGGGCAGGAAGAGCCAGAUUUAAAUCCUCACCAAGCAUGUUUUAUAACCUUGAGUGAUGGCACUUCCAGACUGUUGCUGCUUUUGAAUGGAAUCAAUUGCAUACCGGCAAAUUCAAGUCAGGCAGUAAGAAAAGCAGGCGGAAAAUGCACUGGAAGAGGUGGAAUAACACUUGUUUGGCGCAGCAUCCCAUCACCCACCCCCUUGCAAUCAUAUUGGAACGAAGGCUCAACAAAUAGCCAGCAUUGCCUAACCUUUCCCUCAACCCUUUUGCAGACAGUUUGGUGUGAAUGCUUCACAAACAGCUGGUUGCUGUCCUUUCCUCAUAACAAGUCGGGGUGAAAUGGAAUUGUUAAAGCGAGAGAGAACCAUGUUUACUGCUCUCAGCUCCUUGGGGGGAAUUGUUAAAUUAGAAGGCAGUGCAGACGCACCAUUCUUAAAGGGGGGUGGACAUCCUUCCAUGCCAAUUCUCUGCUUUGUCUGAGGUUUGGCAAGGGAUGCUCCAAGAAGUGCCAAACAUCAAAUAAUGGCUGUUGCCAUUGGCACGUAUCCAUUUUGCAUGCUAUCCCAGAUGCCCCAAAGUUAAGAUUAGGACUGCAGCCCUGUACACAUUUACCUGGAAGUGAACCCCAUUGUACUCCAUUGGGCUUACUUCUAAGUAGACGUAGGCUUUUUCUAUGGGACCUUAUGACACACUUUUAUGUUUUUAUACGUGGGAGAGGAAACUUAUAAAACAUACAUGCAGAUGGCAUCAUUUCUUCUGAAGUUGCUACUUCAUUCUGCUAUAGUACAUAAGGGAAAUAAAACAGUCCCUGGGGGGUGGCAGAUGUAAACAUUCAGAUAGCAUCACAGCUGAUUUGCAUUUUAUGAUUGUUCUCUGAAAUGCCCAGCCUUUGUGUGCCUAUAGCGUCAUAAUAUUUCCAUAUUCCUGGAAAUGUCUUUCACCUUAUCACCUCUGCCUGUGAUGCAGUGCUUUGAUGAGAAUUGUUGUCCAUUUCUGACGGACUCUCCCUUAGGCAAACACACAAUGCUCAUUUUAUACGCUGUUGAGUUUUGUUGAUAUCAAUGCCUUGUUUGCCUUGCGGUCAGCUUUUAGGCCACAGAGCAAAAUCAAUCCCUGGAAGGUAUCCAAAUAUAUCAUUGUCUCGUCUGUGACAAAGCCUUGGCACUAACCUCAGAGGAAAGUAGUUAAUGGACUUUAUAUCGUUGUGGUCUGAGGGCCAAUGUACGUGUUGCAUCAAGGCUCAGGUUGGCUUUGUGUACUUAAUUAAAGGACUGCAACUCCCCACAUGAGCCAACCUGUACCUGGCGUUUGCCAUCUGAGGUGGCAGCAUGAGAAUGGACCUUUUUGGUGCUGCUUUGACAUUUUGCUGUGUUCCUAACACAGCAACAAAGUCCUGUGACUCACCCUACCGUGACCAAAAUUAGUUUAUAUAUUUCAGCUGUGCUCAAGAACUAUUUCUGCAAUGUAAUUGAGUUGGCAAAUAAACAUUUAAUAAUGGGGCAUAAUCAGUUUCUGGAUUUGCUCCUUCUUGCAAACAUCUUACACUGGGAUUUCUGUACAGUACAUUAUUCUAGCACUACAGUCAAAUGCACUGGCAAAUAAUUAGCGUAGAUUUUAUUGCUGAGGAAUGCUGUGUGCGUUACUAGCUGUUCUGGGAUUCCUAGUUGGGUUAGGUUGUCCUGAUAUCUUAAAUCAGUGCCUUCUAAACAACACAUUAGUAAAUAUUUUUUCAGUUCCUCAGAAGGAGGUUUACAUUUUCUUAUGAGACAUUCUGAAGGUGUAUUAAAGUUAGGCAAUUCAUUUUUCUGAGGUCAGUGGUCCAUGUAUGUAAAUAAUGUCUGCUAUAGAUAAAACCUUCAUCUGCUCUGUAGAUCUUCUUUCAGCUUUUGGUUAUAUACAUGAACUUCAUAAUCUUUGACAAGCUCCAAGAUACUUUAAGAACAAACUUAUUGCCCAUGAAUAUAUCAGCUUGCCUGGUUCUUUCUCUGAGGACCGACUUUGUGUCCUCCUGCCAUCUCAGGUGUGAUGGUGAGCCAAAUGAGAUGGGUUUUGUGGUGUUGGUGGUCAAAGAUGAUGGGUGUUGUGUCCCAACAUCUGGAGGGCACUGGCCCCAGGAUGGGUGGGGCUCUCCUAGUCAAUUCAUAUCUUGGCAGCCUUGCAAACCCUCAUAUGGACUUUCACUCCCUUGUUGCAGGCUGUCCUUUCCCCAGCCAUAUCUCUACACGGAGGCACGGAGGGAGAAGUACCAGAGGAGCAAAAUUCACCAGAAAGUCCAGCAAUUCAAGCGCUUCAUUGAGAAUUACCGUCGCCACAUCAUCUGCGUGGUGAUAUUCUCAGCCAUCACGGUUGGGGUCUUUGUGGAGAGGGCAUACUGUGAGUUACCAGCCUAUUUAGCUCCACCAAGCCAACUGCUGCGCCCAGGACCUAGCGUGGCCAGCCAGGGCCGGAACUCCACAUCCUCAUUCAUUGAGGAAGGAGAAAUGUCUGUCUCCAGAGGAGGCAGUGAGUGGCAGCCCCAGCUAAGGAUGCCACCACGUACGUAUCUGCUUGCAGCACAAACUAACGCCAGACUCAAAAAAAGCGAGACCCAAGACUGCUGCAAGUAGAGCUCGUUAAUUGCUAAUGAGGGAAGUUUGUUGCUAAACUUCCCGGUCCUGCUUUUUAGUGGCUGCUUUGGAAACCCAGACCUAUAGGGUCACAACUUUAGUUGCAGUGCUGUUGCUGUAAAAUGAAGCUGAAUGGCUCCACUAUAACCCAGACCCCACCCCACUGAGCACGCAGUAAGAAGCAGGAGGGAAGUUCUUUCAGGGUGUGAGCAUAUAUAGUAACAAAACAUGUUAUUUAGAAUGGCUUUGCAUUGCCUUGCUUUUCCCCAGGAAGUAGUAAAGGGCUUGUAAGGCAUGCCAGCAUGUUUAUAACCCAAGCCUGCUGAGAGGGGAGAAUGGGAGCAUGUGAGGUCCUCGUUCCUGCAGCAAACCAUUUCUCCUCUGUCUCUAGAUUAUGGAUUUGCAUCGCCACCCACAGGAAUUGCAGAUACCACCUUUGUGGGCAUCCUCAUCUCCCGGGGAGCAGGAGCCAGCAUCUCCUUCAUGUACUCAUUUAUCCUGCUCACCAUGUGUCGAAACCUCAUCACUUUUCUGCGGGAGACCUUUUUCAAUUGCUACAUCCCUUUUGAUUCUGCCGUGGACUUCCACCGCUGGAUUGCAACUGGAGCCCUGAUCUUUUCAGGUAGAUUCUGAGAGGUCCUGCACACUUGCUCAAAUGCCUAUGCACAUCUUGCUUGGGUCGGCGAGGCACCUUGUAAAAUAAAAUUUCCAGGGAAAAUAAAUCAUAACGAUUAAAUAAUGAUACGAGGAAAGUGCAUACGUACAGGACCUCUCCCAGUAUGCCCCGCGGAGGACCUUAAGGUCCAUAAAUAGCAACACCCUAGAGGUCCCGGGCCCUAAGGAAGUCGGAUUAGCCUCAACUAGAGCCAGGCCUUUUCAACACUGGCUCCAGCCUAGUGGAACGCUCUGUCUCAUGAGACCAGGGCCCUGUGGGAUCUGAUUUCUUUCCGCAGGGCGUGUAAAACAGAACUGUUCCGCCUGGCCUUUGGCUUGGAAUCAACUUGAUCCCCUCCCCCUCUUCCUUUUUCCUUUCUCCUUCUGUGAUGGAGCUCCUAUUUGGGGACUUACCUGGCUUUUUUCUGGCCCAUGUAGGACCAGUCUGGAUAGUUGGCCUUGGUGAAGACUUGACUUUUCAUCCCCAAAAAGUUUUUGAUUUGAGUUUCUACUGAAAUGAGGCUGCAUUUUAAUGUUGUGUUUUAAUCUUGUUUUUAAAUUGUAUUUUAAUACCUGGUGUUUAUACCUGGUGUUUGCCGCCCUGAGCCCGGUUGUGGCUGGAGAGGGCGGGGUAUAAAUAAAAUUUAUUAUCAUCAUCAUCAUCAUCCACCUAAGAGCAAAAUGUUGCCAUGAUAAAAUACAAUAAAAAGUGCAAGAGUUAAGAUCACCAUCAAAUACAGGAGCUGAAGACCAGCAGCCGAAACACAUAGACUGACAAACGACACCUUAAAAGACCUAAGAGAAGUCCACUUACCUCCUUAGGUGGGUGGCUUUGCGGCCAGGCCUCAGGCCCCCACGGUGAUCCAGCCAGGGGGCAGAGGCUGGCAUCCUGCUUGCUGGUGCUUGGCCACACCAAUGGAGCUGGGUGGGGCUGCGCUCGGGGAGCGGGUUCAGCUGGGCGGCUCCGCGGGAAAUUUAAAGCACAGCGCAGCACGGAAUCGCCCUCUCUUGCCCCUUGCCGGAUCACUGUGGGUCAUGGGGCCUUGGCACGCAACGGAAAAGUAUUUGCUGAGUACCAAUAGGAGAGCGAUGUAGGUGCCAAGUGAGGAACCUGGGAAGCUGCUUUAUAGUAAGUCAGUGUUGUCUACUCUGGCUGGCAGCAGCUAUCUCAUGAUCAAUGCUGUUUUGUAACAACAAAACAAAUGCUUGCAAAGUGGGACUUUCCCCACAUUUCAUUUCUACUACAGCCCCUUCCACCUGCCAGAAAAGCCACUUCUGAGGGUUGCGGGUUCCAAACGGCAUGCAGUUUAUGUAGGGAUGGGUGAAUUUGUUAAUUUCCGUUUCUUAAGUUUCUCAUUUUUCCCGUCUAAAAUUCAGUUUUUCACAUUUCCACGGCCAUCUGCAACCUCAAUUUUUUAAAAAAAUAAAUCCUGAAAAUUCUUCAUUUAGCUCUUCAUUUAUUUCUCCUAAUGAACACAUCUUGCCUGCAGUUUUGAUUAAUGCACACAUUUUUGCAAGGAACUUAUAUUAAUAGAAUGCAUUUUAUGUUAUUUUCACGGGGUUUUUUUAUGCAUGUUCCCCCCUAAUAUAUUCAUUUAAUUCAUAGACAUUGUUUGGAGGGAAAACUGCACAAUGAAAUUCAGAGAAGUGCAACUUUCAAAGAGUUAGCUGUGUUUCAGUUCAAGGACUGUGAAUUUGCUUUUUUAAAAAAGGGGGGAAAAAGAAUGCAAACAGCCCGGAACAGAUUUGAAAUUGCUUUUAUAGUUGUUGCUGUGGAUGCAUUCUCUCACUACUUUUGCACCCUGCAGUUCUGCACACCCUGGGCCAUAUUGUGAAUGUCUACAUCUUCUCAGUCACCCCUCUCAGCGUCCUGUCCUGCCUCUUCUCCAACACCUUUACAAAUGAUGGGUAAGUUGGGAGUGUGUUCUCCCCCUUCAUACAUACCGUAUUUUUCGCUCUGUAAGACGCAUCCAACCAUAAGACACACCUAGUUUUUAGAGGAGGAAAACAAGAAACAAGAAAGCAAAGCAAGGCCUCUUGAGCGAAGAGGCGCUCAAGAGGCUUUGCGUGGCUAACCCUGAAGCCAGGAGAGCAAGAGGGAUCACUGCGCACCGAUCCCUCUUGCUCUUCUGGCUUCAGCGAUAGCUGCGCAGCCUGCAUUCGCUCCAUAAGACGCACAAAUAUUUCCCCUUAAUUUUUAGGAGGGGAAAAGUGCGUCUUAUAGAGCGAAAAAUACGGUAAUAGCUGAAGAAUGCAAAGGAGAGCUGGGCAACCCAGAUGGCUAGAGAAAGAACAGAAGCCAUGAUCUUUGAGCAUUUUGUGCAAUACUUUGAGCUUUUUCUUACCACUGUUUUAGCAUGGGAAGCCCAAUACUUCUUUGGUGGAUUUUGAAAUAUUGAACCAGUCUUGUGAAUACUCCAAAAGUCCUGUCUAGGCAACAUUCUAAACCAUGGGUAGGCAAACUAAGGCCCGGGGGCAGGAUCCAGCCCAAUCACAUUCUAAAUCCAGCCCUUGGACGGUCUGGGAAUCAGCAUGUUUUUACAUGAGUAGAAUGUGUGCUUUUAUUCAAAAUGCAUCUCUGGGUUAUUUGUGGGGCAUAGGAAUUCGUUCAUCCCCCCCCCAAAAAAUAUAGUCCAGCCUCACAGAAGGUCUGAGGGACAGUGGACCGGCCCCUUGCUGAAAAAAGUUUGCUGACCCCUGUAACAGAGGCAUUGAAACCAGCUGCAUUGAAUCGUAGUCUGCACAUACCCUAUUUUCACAAGAUUGCUUCAACUUGGGCCCAAAGGAGAGGUCAAGAUUCCUUGCUUUAAAAUAAUAGUACAGUGGUACCUUGGGUUGCAUACGCUUCAGGUUACAGACUCCGCUAACCCAGAAAUAGUACCUCGGGUUAAGAACUUUGCUUCAGGAUGAGAACAGAAAUCGCGCAGCGGUGCGGCGCGGCGGAAGCAGGAGGCCCGAUUAGCUAAAGUGGUGCUUCAGGUUAAGAACAGACCUCCGGAACGAAUUAAGUACUUAACCAGAGGUACCACUGUAAUGAUGACUCAUACACGACUUCUUUCAAGAUCAGAGAGUGACGGUGGUAUUCAUCCUUUCCUCUGUAUCCCCAGUCUGUAUCCCUGCACCUUCAAAACUUUUCUGUUUUUCCUCUGUAUAGUAAGCAAUGACUUUGGGGGGAAACCGCACAGUGCAAAGCCAAGGGUUCGCCUUCUCUCCUCUUUUCAAUGCCAUCACGUGGAGCUGCUUAUUUCCAAACACAGCAGUUAAGACAAAUAAAUAACACUUGGGCUGCAGUCCUAAUUGUCAAUACCACUUUCGUUCCAGUCUGUGUUGCUUGUGCUUAUCAAAGCUUUACAUUGUGCCAUCAUUUCUUUUCUUUCCAGGUCACAGUUUCCUCGCAAAUAUUACUGGUGGUUUUUUGAGACUGUCCCAGGUAAGGGCAGGUGGAGGUGUGGGCGCUUGGAGGGUGGGUGGGUUGCAGCAGCAUGACCAUAGCUGUCAACCGUCCCUUAUUUGGCGGGAAACUCCCUUAUCCCAGUGCCGUGUCCUGCUGCUGUCCCUUAUUGAUGAUGUCCCUUAAAUUUCCCGGGUUUCAAAGGAAGCAGCUCCUCUCCCUCCCUCCCUGCUGGCCAGGGAGGAGGGAGGCUCCAACUGUGUUGCUUGGCUGUGUUGCUCACCCAAUAAGGAGUCUAAGAACAACUGGGGGGUGGAGCUUGCAUGCCUUGUGCCAAUCAAAUCGGCCACAGUGGUUUUCCUUGCUGCAUCCCCUUUGCCGGGUUGCUGCGCUGUGGGAACCACCACUUGAGGCUUCGUUUGGCUGCUGGCUGGGCUUUCUGCCUUUGGCUCAGAGGGCCUCAGAAGUUGAACAUACUUGUGCCUUGAAAAUCCCUUAUUUUGGCUGCUGAUCCCUUAUUUUUGAGGCUGCUAGUCCCUUAUUUUCAAAUCUGUAAGUUGACAGCUAUGAGCAGGACCACACAUGGCGGCUGUCUAUUUUAACACGUGUUCCUCUUUUUUUCCUUUCUCUCUCAGGCAUGACUGGGGUGCUUCUUCUAGUUGUCCUCGCCAUUAUGUAUGUCUUUGCAACUCACUAUUUCCGGCGAAUCAGCUUCCAGGGGUUCUGGAUCACUCACCAUCUCUACGUGCUUCUCUAUAUCCUGGUAAUUCACUCUGGAGCCCUGCCUCUACCCUAGUGCCAUUGUAACAAAAGGCACACCCACACACCAUCCGUUUAAAGCACGCACAAAGCUGCAGUUCCCAGCACCCUUAAUAAACUACAGUUCCCAGGAUUCUUGGGAGGAAACCGUGUGCUUUAAAUGCAUCGUGUGGAUGUGACCAAAUGUAAACAAGACACAAUGUGUCAGGAUUUGGGGGAGAUUGGCAUUUGCAGUUUCUGCAAUGAGGUGUGCUGUGCUGGAUAGAUCAAUGUUCUGGCUCUGCAUGAGGCACGUUUGGAUGUUCAUGGAGGCUUCUGGGUAGGAAUAUAUAGCUCUUUGCUUGUGCAAGAUCCUUUGGUGCUCUGCCUGCCCACUUGAGCACAGUCGUGGAAGAAGAGGUUUUUCUUUUCUUCUCAAUGCAAUAUAACUGAAGUGUUGGGUUGUGAUGUGUCCUCCAGGUUAUCAUCCACGGCAGCUAUGCUCUGAUCCAGCAGCCCCGCUUCCACAUUUAUUUCAUUGUCCCAGCCCUUAUCUAUGGGGCAGACAAACUCAUCAGCCUGAGCAGGAAGAAGGUGGAAAUUGCUGUUGUGAAGGCUGAACUUCUUCCAUCAGGUACAACUUAGAAGUCUUCUGGUGCUGGUCCUCUCUAUGUUUAAAAUACAGAGGGAGGAACUUCCUGUCCUUGAUCUAUCACUAGUAACACCUAAGACAAGUGAGGAGCAAUUUCCAGCUCAGGGACCACAUUCUGGGCAACCUUCCAAGAGUCACAGGCCAGUGGUGGGUGGGGCCAGAUGCAGAAGUGGGUGGAGCAAGUAAUGUAAAGUAGGGUGUGUUCUUCCACAGACCCCUCACAGUCUUUCAUCGGGACAAGCAAGAAGCCCUGUCAGAGUUUACAGACACAUUCCAGCCAGAAACACUCCUGAUUUGAAGCAGGGCCAAUGAGGGUGUGUGGCCUGGAGAGGGGCAUGGCCUGCAGAACCUCUGAAGGCUAGAGAGCUGCAUUUGGCCAUGGGACCUGAGGUUCCACACCCCUGAUCUAAGAUGACCCUACCCUCCAUCCCUGGUGCUAGGCUGCCAUCCUUGUCAGUGGCAGGAGCUGUUCUUCAAGGCAGCAGGGCUGUCUUGAAGAGAGCUUUCACAGGGGAGGGACAGGGAGGAAGGAAACGCUCCUUCUGGGCAGGAACAACUUUGACAACAGGAGCAGCUUAGGGCUCUUACUGGGCCCAGACAGGGGCAGCUCAGCCUGCUUAGCUGGGAUUUGAGUGGACGGUAUUGGGACUGGAUAUCUUUAGCUGAGAUUCCAGAUGACUAGAUGACCCUUGGAGUUGGUCCAGUUCUAUGAUUCGUGCCUUAAUGGCAAACAUGCUCGGGCCUCUCCUUUUUCUUGGCUCAGGAGUCACUCGCCUCCAGUUCCAGAGGCCCCAGGACUUUGACUACAGGUCUGGGCAAUGGGUGCGGAUUGCCUGCUUAUCUCUGGGGACCACUGAGUACCACCCCUUCACGUUGACCUCUGCCCCCCAUGAGGACACAUUGAGCCUGCACAUUCGAGCAGCUGGGCCUUGGACAACUCGGCUGCGAGAGCUUUACUCCCCGGAAAGCAUAGCAGAAAUUGGCAAAUAUCCCAAGGUAAGGCUAUAAUGUCUUCGUUCUCUCCACCUCACCCACCCUAGCAUAGAUUUAAAGAACCGCGGUACAGAAAUGUCUUCAAUAGAUACUUAAAAGCACUUGUGCUUUCUGGUUCCAACCACAGAAUUGCUUCCUCUGCUACCAAUUCAGAAAACUAAACAGGGAAGAGGAAUCUGUGGCCCACCAGACGUUGCUAGACUACAACUCCCAUCAUCCCUGACCAUUGGCUACCAUGGCUGGGGCUGAUGGGAGUUGGAGUUCAGCGACACCUAGAGAGCCACAGGUUCCCCAUUCCCGGCAAAAAGCCAUCCCUCCAAUACCUACCCCAAACUAUUAGUUGUAGGCAGAAGUCAGCUCUUGCUAACUAGACUUAGUGGGAGUCAUCCUACUUUGUCAUCUGAGCAAAGGAGCAAGCCGUGCUGGCCCUCAGGCUCCCUCUUCCUCAUGUCUCAUGAAAUGCUUAUUCUGUUCCCCUCUCUUUCUGCAACCGCUGCCUUAAGAGACCAGUCUGCAGCUAUGCUGUUUUUUCUCUCUUGACCAUGCCACUCUUUGAAUGCUAAGGCAGGGCAGGGCAGCAGGCAGUGACACCAGGGAGGAAAAGGAGAUGAUCCAGCGGGCACCCUUCUGGGGUGUGGGCUCAGCAGGGGCUCAAUAGUGCCAAGCUCUGGCACCAGCCCUGGAAGCAAGUGAAGUUUUGUUUUCAUAUCUCUCUCUCCCUCCCUCCCUCUCUCUCUCUCUCUCUCUCUCUCCAGCUCUACCUGGAUGGACCUUUUGGAGAGGGGCACCAGGAAUGGAACAAGUUUGAAGUGUCUGUGCUGGUGGGAGGAGGCAUCGGCGUGACGCCCUUUGCUUCCAUCCUCAAAGAUCUCGUUUUCAAGUCAUCAGUUGGGUCCAGGAUCUUGUGCAAGAAGGUGAGGUUGAAGGAAUGGAGAAAUGGCUGGGUUCUUGUCCUUGCUAGCCACUGAGUCAGUGUUAAGAACAUAUGCCACCAUCCUGUUCCCAUGGAGAUUUUGUGAACUAUAUAAGUAACAGAAAAUGAGCAAUCAUAUUUCUUUCAUAGUUUUCCCUGACCUUACAGUCUCUCCUUUGGAAGUCUUAAACCAACCUCCCCCAAGCUGGUGCCGACCAGAUAUUGUAGGACCCCAUUUCCCAGUAGCUCCAACCAGCAUGACCAAUGGUCAGAGAUGAUGGGAGUUGUAGACCAGCAACAUCUGGAGGACACCACAUUUGCUACCCCAGCCAUAGAAGCUUCAGCAUGCUUUCCCCUAACACGGGGCUGCUUAAUAUUCCCAUGAGAAGAACUUGUGGUAUAUAAUCACUUGGAAUUAGACCUUGAAAAUUGCAGGAGUUGCAACUCUACUAAGCUUAGCUUGGUAUGCACAAACAAUCACUGGGCUUGGAUGAGAAGACCCAAAAGGAUCCCAGCAAGUGAUGGUGAAAUGAUAAUGGACGUGGAGGUCAAAGCAUGAAGUUCUGACAUGGGCCAGUGUGGUUUCCUGGUGCAAUUUAGAAGACCAAAGGAGGUCAAUGACAGGCCUCUAGAUUCAGCCCAUGGAGCUGAAAGGAUGAGAGGGGUCCAGGUGAGCGGAGAGGUUUUGAUGCAAGAGCUUGGAAGGAGGAGCCCAUAUAGCAGGUGCAGGUGUAAUUUUAGGGGAUUUCUGAUAACGGCCUUGUUCACUUUCCUCUUGUUCCCAGAUCUAUUUCAUUUGGGUGACGCGGACCCAGCGGCAGUUUGAGUGGAUGGCUGACAUCAUCCGAGAGGUAGAGGAGAACGAUCAGUGCGAUCUGGUCUCCGUGCACAUCUACAUCACACAGCUGGCGGAGAAGUUUGACCUGCGCACCACCAUGCUGGUGAGCCCCUACAUGCAAAACCUCAGAGCAGCCAGGCCAUAUGUGCAGAAAACCUGAAUUGACGUUGGUUCUGAUUCCGCUUUAAAGAGCAGGUUUUCGCAGGGAAAGCUUGGGGCAAAAUAGAAAAAAAUGCUUGGACACCGAGUGUUAAAGUGGGGAUAUCUGCCUGGAAGGAGCAAGGCAAAAGGUUAAAUCUGGAUAAGCCCUAAGUUUUUUACAUAUGAAGAUAAAAGCAAAAGCACAACACCAGUGACCUUCCCAGUCGCUCCUGCUGUUUCUUCUUCCAGACGAGAAAAAUGGUGCUGCGCACGAUUGACAAACACUAGAGCUGGUAUAGCAUAGUGUAUAUGAAGACUGGCUACAAUUCAGGAAAUCCCUGGUUUGAAUUUCUCCUUUGGCAUGAAUGCUAUCUCAGCCUCAGUCCCCGCAUUUGCAAGAAAGGGAGCCGAAUAAUAAUAAUACCUGCCUUAAAAGGCAGUUGUAAGGCUUGCAGUUGUGUGCAAAGUGCUUUGAACAUGUGGAAGUGAUGUUCUCUACAAGUGUUAAGUAUUAUUAAUUAGUAGGACCUUCUUUUAUGUAUAAAAUUCAAUAUUACUUUAUUUAUGUUUAAUAACUUUAGACAUAUUACCUGAGUUGUUCUGGUUGGUUGGUCCCACCAACCCACAUGCAUUUUUUAAAAAAAAAAUAUCAUUAGUUUAUGCAUGAAUUUAUAUACCACUUUUCACUUCCACAUAGUUUCCCUCCCUGAAGCAGUUCACAAGGAUAAUAAAAUAGUGAGAAGAAAAUAAAUUUAAAACCCAUAAAAUUAACACUAAAAAUAGCAGUGUCAUCAGCCUCCGAGCAUGAAGAAGUAUGGAAAGUGUGUCUAAACAAAACGGUUUUAAUGAUCUUUCUGAAAAUGGGAAAGGAGGGGAUUAAAGAAGCCUUCCGGAAGAGGGAGUUUCCAAACCUAGGUGCAGCCACCAAGAAGGCCCUGUCCUGCAUUUCCACCAAGCCCACGUGAGACAUUGGUGGGAUUGUGAAGCAGAGCCUCCCCAAAGCUCUUAACAGGCAGGCAGAGUUGUGCCGAAGCUGGUGGUCCUUCAGAUAUUCUAGACACAAAUCUUCCCACCUUGGAUCAAAUCUAUGUUUCCAGGUGCUAUAAGAAAGCUGCAGAGAUAGUGCAGGAUAGUGCACACCCCGGAAAUGAUCUCUUUCAGGUUCUGCCUUCUGGAAGAAGGUACAGGGUUAUAAAGACCAGGACUAGCCUCCUGAGAAACAGUUUCUAUCCAAAUGCGAUUUUGGUUUUUAAUGCAGUGUAAGGAGUCGCUAUGGGAGUGUAUUGUAUUUUAAAAAUGGGGUAUCACAGUUUUUAGGGUGCUAACCAGGCUGGGAUAGCAGGCUUGUUGGUUUUGAUUGUCUUAUGUAGAUCCCCCCCCCCCCAAUUUCAUUCUGUAUGGGACAAUGACAAUAAAGAUUAUCGUAUUGUACAGUGGUACCUCGCAAGACGAAUGCCUCGCAAGACAAAAAACUCGCUAGACGAAAGGGUUUUUUGUUUUUUGAGCUGCUUCGCAAGACGAUUUUCCCUAUGGGCUUGCUUCGCAAGACGGAAACGUCUUGCAAGUUUGUUUCCUUUUCUUAACACCGUUAAUACAGUUGCGACUUGACUUCGAGGAGCAACUCAUAGAACGCGGUGUGGUAGCCUUUUUUGAGGUUUUAAAAGACUUUGGUGAUUUUUGAAGCUUUUCCAAAACUUUCCCGACACCGUGCUUCGCAAGACGAAAAAAAUCGCAAGACGACAAAACUCGCGGAAUGAAUUAAUUUCAUCUUGCGAGGCACCACUGUAUAUUAAAUUAAACUAGUAUACCCGUAGAUCUCCACAUCAUGUUCCUGGCUACAUGCCUGGACCAGAACAUUGCUUGUUCUAACAAGACCUGCUUCUACGUUGGGGAAUCUAGAACGACAAGGUGGUGAUAAAUGGUAGCUGUGAACAGCGGGUUCCUUCCCCCGACACAAGCCAUACUCUGACCGUCACCGUCUCUCUUUCUAGUACAUCUGCGAGCGGCACUUCCAGAAGGUCCUCAACCAGAGCUUGUUCACUGGCCUGCGCUCUGUCACCCACUUUGGUCGACCGCCAUUUGUCCCUUUCUUCUGCUCACUGCAAGAGGUCCACCCUGAGGUCAGUGCUGGCAAUGGGCAGAGGGCUCCUGUGGGCAGUUGUGGGAUUCAGUUUUGUGACUUGCAUAUUAACAGGCUUCAUGCGACAGAGCGCAUCUUAGGCUAGCCAAGUGUGCUUGCUAAAUGGAACACAGGAAGCUGCCGCCUCCGAGCUCAGAUGUUUGCUCACUGAGAUGUUUUUCCCAUCAUCUGCUCCCUGAGAUCAUUUUAAAUUGGGAUCCUAGGGAAUGAACCGGGGGCUUUUCUGCAAGCAAAGCAGGCCAGCAGCCACAGAGCUAUGGCCCCUUCCUGAAAGGAUGAGGAGAGCUACCACAACAAGCUUCCUAAAGAGUAAUUAGCAGUGCUGCCUAUGAUGUUUCAUCACUUAGCAUCCCUCUGGUUCAGGGGAGAGAAUUUGAUCCAGCCACUGGGUCAGAUUCCUAUCUCUCCUGCUGUUGGGACAAAAAGCAACAAUGCAUUUUAGACAGUUACCUGUACCAGGGACGGCUGACGAUAGACAGAAAGGGAACCUAUUUUUACUCCUGUUGGUUCCUUCUUGUUGGCGUAUAGAUCACUUCCUUCCAUGCUUUGACUUCUUCCUUCUUCUCCAGCCAGUCUUCCUUCCUUUGUCCUAGUGUUAGGACCCCUUUCCUUUAACCUCAUGACUCCAAAGCGGGUGCCUGUGAGCUUGUGCUCUGACGUUUGCCUGAAGUUAACUUUGUUUUAUUCUUUCAAGGCCCCCCUAGGGAAUUCAGUUGUGUUGCUGAUCCAGCCACGACUUUCUUUGCCCCUAACCUGACCUCAUGUACAUGGAUAUAAGCAGGUAGCAAUUUCCACCCUUUCCUACAUUUGUCACAAUCAGCAUUUUCCCCCUUCCACUACACUCCGGCUUCUGCUAAAACCUGCUAUUCUUCUCGCUAUCCGCUAUGCCUGAAACUAACUCAGGGAAUUACGUAAUUAAUAAAUAAAUAAAUGAAAAGAUAACUAGACGGGUGAGAGACCAUUGAACUUGUGCCAGGAUUUUUUUAUUUUUUUUGAACAGCACUCUCAGGUCGGAUUGACCUUUAUCACAUAAAAAGUAUGCUAUGAGUUAGUUCCUUUCCUCAUUGCAGUGCUCCAUUUGUAUGUUGUGUAAAGAAAGAACAGCUGAUGCAAUGGAGGUUUUACAGCACAAUGUAUGUCACACAGUAGCAAUCGUCGGUUGAAAAGUGAAAUCUAUAAAUCAGCUGCCUGCCUAGAUGGCAAACAUUGUGGGUCCUCCCUUAUGUGUGUCUAUCCCUGAUUGAGGAAGGGAUUUGCUCUUAAAGCACAGAAGCAGGGCCAGGACAACCAGGCGGUGUGUGUGUGUGUGUGUGUGUGUGUGUGUGUGUGUGUGGAGUUGCAGCCCUUACUCUGCAGCUGUAGUGGAUGCACAUCAAGCGAGUGAGUGGGUAUUUAUAGAAAUCUGCAUUUAGGAAAGCCUUCCUCUACACAUGCUUCAGAAUGAGAUGGUAGAAACUUGAGGUAGUAGAAUAACUAAAAAAAAGUCAUGGAAGUAGAAAAGGAGGGAUCCCUCUGGACUUUCAUUUCAUUCCACAUUUGUGAUUAUUUGUGCUCAUGAUGCUAUUGGGACCACCACACACAAUCCCAUUUCCAUUUUUUGCGCCUGCAGAAGUUUUGGGGCCAUCACACUGAUUCACUUCCAAUCAGUGCAUAUCCUGUAACUUCCUGCAAAGAUUCGGUAACUUUUUAUACCACAAAUGUUCUGGAGCGUGUCCUUUGUUAUGGCCUUUCUUGACAGCAGUAAUGGGAUAUGGUUGGGGAAGGAUCGCAGGAGAAACUAAAGCAGAAUAAAUCACCCACUGAUGCACUGUUGUUGUAUCACGAAUGUGCUGCGGGAUACAUCCGGAAUAAAACACUUGUCUGGAGAGGGGCCCCUGGGUUUAAAAAUGUCCUCUCUGCUGUUCAAAUGUUGGGAGAGCUGUAGCUCAGUGGUAGAGCCCAUGUUUUAUAUGCAAAAGGAGCAAGGUUCAAUCCUUCGGUAUCUGCAGUUAAAACUUGAAAGGAUCAGGCAACAGAUGACAAGGAAAGACAUUCACAUUGGUGGCUGGCCUGCAGUAUGUGCAGAGAAUGCCAGGCUACGUAGAGAAAUAGUCCGACUUCUUAUAAGGCGGCUUCCUAUGAUUUCUUUUGUUUUAGAACAUGGGGGAGCAUUUCAAACUGGCGUGCCCCACGUGUGACCUCAAAUGAUCCAGCUCGUGUCUGCAAUUUCUUCUGCUUCUCCUUCUCUUUCUCCUUCUAGAGCAGGCCUCUGCCAUGGAUGCACUUAGGCAUCACCUGGAGCUUAGAGCCUGACCCAAGAAAGCAGGACUUGGCGCUCUCCUUUUUGCUGUUCACUUAUUUUGAGACAUUCAUUUAUUUAAAGAAUGCCUAUUGAGAUCAAGCAGGUGCCCACCCUGUGUUCUCUUUGGCACCUGCUGAAAACAUUCUUGGCUAGACAAACCUACCAAGACGCUUAGAAAGUUGAUGUGAAUUUUAACCUAUUUUACUAUUUCAACUUUUUGUAUGUUUUUAACUAUUGCUGUCAGAUUUUCUUGUUUUAGCUUUAAGUCUUUUGAAUAUUGUUGUUGUUAUUAUUAUGACAAUCAAGUGGUGUAUAAAUUUCAUGAAAUAAAUACAUAAAAUGCUCUUAUAAUGACCCGCUAGAGUGGAAAAUUUUAAGAAGGGGCCCAAAGCUGCUGGUCCCUCGGCUGUGUCUGUUUCCUUUCUCCCCUCUCUUCUGCUACUGCCCAAUGUGUUGGGUAAUGCCUGGUGACCAAGUUCUUUUGGUUUGUUGUUUCCAGGUGAGGAAGAUUGGUGUGUUCAGCUGUGGCCCUCCAGGCAUGACCAAGAAUGUGGAGAAAGCAUGUCAGAAGAUCAACAAGCGCGAUCAAGCCUAUUUUGUCCAUCACUAUGAGAACUUUUAG